CAGCAGCAGCAGCCGCCGCCUCCGCCGCGCGGAGCGGAGUUUGUGGCUGCCGCUCGCGUGAAGAUGGCGGGCGUCGCCGAUGCCGCCUCCGCCGGGAGCGGGGAAGGCGGGCGGCGGGGGGGGCGGCGGUGGCGGCGGCGGCCCCCCGGAGCUCUCCCUGCUGCAGCCGGGCUCCGGGCAGCAGCAGCGGCGGAGCAGCUUCACGGGCGGCGAGUGCCGCUCCCCUCAGCCGUCCCCGGCUCGGUCCGCGCCGCCCGCCUCCAGCCCGCCGUCGCCCGGCCCCGGGCAGCAGCAGCAGCAGCAGCAGCGCGCCGCCGAGACGCUCGGCUUCUACGAGAGCGACCACCGCCGGCAGCAGAAGCGCGGCGGGGCCUCAGGUGAGGCGGGGGCGAGCGGGGGCGGGGCUGGAAGGACAGGCAGGCGUGCCCGCGAGCAUGUACAGAGUGCACCGCGGCGGGCUCGGAAAGAAAAGCGGAGUGCCUCUGGGCACGUGCAGAGUGUUUUGUUUCCCGCGCAAGCAGGCUCACGCGCACUCGAGCCCAUGCAUUGGGGGCGGCAGGAGUCAAAUUUAGGUGCUUAGAUUUUAAAUUUAUAAAUAAAAAAUUAUUAUUAUUAUUAGAUUUUCCCAAGAGGUGGGAGCCAAAAGGGGCUGCUGUGGUUACGACGCCUGUUUCUCUCCGGGAAUGUCUUGUCGGCACCGAGGAAAAUCAAUGCACCUUGCACUUAGUCGGGGGUGUUUCGUGGUUGUUCAUAGGUGGCGAGGUGGGUCUUGCGCAGGGUGCCAGGGCAAGACCUCCCAGGCGGCCUUCCCACCAGAUGUCAAAGAGAAAAACAACUACCAAACUUUUAGAAGACAUCUGAAGGCAACCCUGUUUAUGGAAGCUUUUAAUGUUUAAUAGGUUAUUGUAUUUAAACGUUUUGUUGGAAGCCGCCCAGAGUGGCUGGGGAAACCCAGCCAGAUGGGCGGGGUACAAAUAAUAAAUUAUUAUUAUUAUUAUUAUUAUUAUUAUAGCAUAAGCCCCAGUGGUGUAAUUUUUUUUCCUCCCUAGAAAUGAAGGGCUGAGUGGAUUCAGGAGCAUGGAGAGAUUUGGGUGGCGAGUGACUUGGCAGACAGCGUUUGGAGCUGUGGGGCAGGAGGAAGUGCGUGAGCGAGCAGAAAUCAAAGCGGAGAGUUGUCCUCUCUCAGCCAAGUGUUGCUGCUCUUUUAAAUCUAAAGGUGGCAAGGAGGCUGUAGAAGUAGAAAUAGCAUUCCUGCGGCGUGCGUGUUUUGUGCACCAAGAAGUGAAUCCGGCAGUUCUACUCUUGAGACAGUACAAGAGUUCCUCUGAAGUCAAGUACUUAAGAGGAUUUCUCUCUCUCUCUCUCUCUCUCUCUCUCAUGACAGCCUUGCCAACUGCUCUCUCAUUGGUUCUGCUGUUCUUGCCUUUUCCAAGUUUGAGAUUCGGUGCUGUCAAAAGUUUGGAGGAAUUUAGUUUUACAAGCACCUAAGCUGAAGCUUGUGUACUACUACACAUUUGUCUUGCUAGGUCAGGCUUUUGGCGCGCACCAGUUCUGAUACAUAGUUAGUCGCUGAAGUUUAUUAGGCAUGUCGGCAAAGGCAGUAAGUUAUUUUUGGGAAUCUAAUUUUAGGCACUGAGGUUUGGAAAAAAAUGCUUAGAGAUUCUGCAGCUCAUCAAAGUGUAUUGAUGCAGUAUCUAGGUGUGGAAAGAGGUUAUUGCUUGAACAUAUAUAACUACUCAUCUGUGUAAAAUUCUUUUUUCCGGUCCGGAGUGGAGAUAAUAGCAUUGGAUGUGACAGUAUAGGUGGGUUUUGUCAACUCACAAUUCUAGUGCCUUGACUUAUAGGAUGGAAAGUGUCAAUGCACACACAGAGACUUGAGUGCAGAGUUUAAAACUGAGAUUUGUCCUGUUUAAUUUUAAAUUGUGUCAGAAGUCAUAUUUACUACUAGAGUACACCUUAGAAGUCAUUGGGUACACUGCCAUUCUCCAUUUCUGGUUCAGGAGACACGAUUUAGAGAUUUUAAAAGUCUAUACUUCAGAUUUAAAUUAGGGUUAAUUGUCAGGAAAAUGAACUCAAGAGCAGAAGAACUAUUUGGGCUGUCUGAAUAAUUACUAUCGGCAGUAGGUGAUAGAACAAUUAUACAACAAAGCUGCUAGAUGUCAAAUAGAUAGUGUGCUUUAUUCCAGAAUUAUAAGUAUUGUUCAAAUGGAAACAGGCAUAAUUUUAUCAUAUCCUUCCCAAAAAAACCGUGUUCAAAAAAGGAAAAAAUGAGGAGGUGCUAGAAAUACUUUGCUACGUGAGGAAACAAAUAGUGUUAAAAUUGCAGACUUCUGUUCUAUAUAGAUAAUAGCACUGCUGGUGCCCAUGAAAUAUGGACAGAUAGGAAACUUAUUUUGUAACACAUGCAUACCUCAUACAUUUCUUUAUUGGAAUUGGAGCUGAUUAGAUUAUGUAAAAAUUAAGUUCAGUUUUUUGCUCAAAGCUGCAAUGGUUUUUCCUCUUCAUGACACUCGCAGAUUCUAUAACAUUCUGGACUAGGGCAUUAUGUCACAGAAGUCUGCGGCUCUUCAGGUGGAUGAAACUGUACUAAUGUGUAAUCUCACUGGCAAAUUGACUUGACUUGGAAUGGCCUGGUUGGAGGGGUGGGGUACAAAUAAUAAAAUUAUUAUUAUUAUAAAAUAGAAAAAAGUGCUCAGUGGGAUAUCCUGUGGUCUGUAAAAGAUGGCCAUAUUACUACUGGAAAUGUUUCUGAAGGAUUGCACCUAUGUCAGCAGCACAAAAGUAGCUGCAGAAACAAAAAUUAAAGUAGCAAGACCAGUGCCUAUUCUUACAGUGUCCCUGUCAAUAGUACCACAUACCCCAUCAUUAUGUUACAUAAUAAGAAUUUCCCCACAUUAGCCGAAAGCACCAAUCAAUAUGCAGCAACAGCUGCAAUGUCUUCUUUGCACAGGUUAAAUACAGGGACACUGAUAACUACCUGUUGUAUAAGCAGGGUGGGUAGGGGUGUUAAGCUGCCGGAGCUCAGAAACUGCUUGUACUAAUGAAAUUCUCUGUCGCAAAAUGCGCCUGGAAUAAUGGGAGUUUCAAACACUGGGUACGAAUGAAACUGCAUACCAUGAUUUAAACAUAUGGACUCUUAUUCCUGGCUAUACAGGAGAAGGAGAGAAGGGUGGAGAGUGUGAACUCAAUGUUUGUCCUGGCUUGUUAAUGUUACUCAACUGUAGUCUAGCAUGACGUGUCACCUUUUAAGGUCUAUCAUUACGAUGAACAUUGAUUUAAGAUUUAUAAUAACAGGGAGCUCUUACAUUAUUUAUUUCAUCUGUGAAUCACUAUAAAGCAUCUCAAAGGAAUUUCACAAUGCAACAAAUGUAUAAAACAUUUACAUAUAUAAAAACAUUUACAUAUGUAAAGACCAUUUCCAUUCAGUACAGGUAGUAACUGGGACGGGGUGGAGUGGGGAGGUGGAAUCUCCACUUAAAGGGCUUACUGAAAGAGGAAAGUCUUCAACAGACAUCAGAGAGAUCACCGAGAUGUCACCUGUCUCAUGCAUAACAGGAAGGAGGUAGCUGCUGUCAUAAUAAAGGCUCAAUUUCAACAUGCUGUGGAAUAGCUCUCCUGGUAAGAUGUUGUGAACAGGAUGCCUUCUCCUGCAGUGUGCAGUGAUUGGUUGGGCAUGUAAAGGAUUUGAUUAUCUUUUCGGAACCCUGGCCCCAAUCUUUAUAGGGCUUUGUGCAUCUUGAACUUGGCCCAGUAGCUAAUCAGCAGCCACUGCAAUUGGUGCAGUAUGGUGUAGUGGUUAAGAGCGGAAAACUUGUAAUCUGGUGAACCGGGUUGCGUCUCUGCUCCUCCACAUGCAGCUGCUGGGUGACCUUGGGCUAGUCACACUUCUCUGAAGUCUCUCAGCCUCACUCACCUGACAGAGUGUUUGUUGUGGGGGAGGAAGGGAAAGGAGAAUGUUAGCCGCUUUGAGACUCCUUCAGGUAGUGAUAAAGCGGGAUAUCAAAUCCAAACUCCUCCUCUUCUUCUUCUUUCAACCUCAGAAUUCUGCCCCUCAGAGCAGUUGAGCUGCCUCAUUCUACACUAGCUGCAGCUUUUCUAGGUCAACCUCAAGGGUAGCAACGCAUGAUAGUAAUCCAUUGGUGACCAUUGGAUAGUUCAGUUGGUUAGAACAUGAUGCUGAUAAAACCAAGGUCACAGGUUUGAUCCCCAUAUGGGACAGCUAUAUAAUACUGCAUUGCACAAGGUUGGACUACAUGAUCCUCAAGAUCCCUUCCAACUCUACAAUUUGAUGGUUCUGGAGGACCAGUACAUGGGUGGCAGUUCUCAGGCUAUCCUGGCCUAGAAAUGGCCAGAGCUGGUAAAGAAACCCAUAGAUCAUGAAGUCAUCAGAGAUGGAUCCAACCCCCAGACUAGGAAUGUGCUCCUUCAUGGGGAGUGCAACCGCAGCAGACAAAUGACCAAUUUUCUGGACUUGUGACCUACCCAACCACAGUGCUUUUGUCUUGUUGGAAUUUAGUGUCAGUUUGUUGGCAUUCUUCCAGCCCAUCACAGAGUCCAGGCACUGGUUCAGGGCUAAUGUGGCCUCUUCUGAGUCAAAUAUUACAGAGAAAUAGAGUUGACUGCAUUAAUGUACUGAUUACGCUUCUCCCCAAAUCUCCUAAUGACAGCUCCAAUGGCUUUACAUCAGAGGCACCCACACGCAGUCAGAAGAUUGAGGGCACCCACACGCAAUGUCGUGUGAUGUCCUGACAUUGCACGGGGGGCUCUCUGAACAUUGAGAGAGCCCCUUCACGAAUCUCCCAGCCCCUUCACGAAUCUAUCACAGUACUUUACAUAACACAUACACAUAAAAAAUUUAUAUACAUGCUGGUAUUCAUAAAUAUAAAUUUUUCAAAUGACUAUUGUUUUGGCCAAAACUUCAGGGGCUGAGCCCCAUUUAUAUUUGUGGUGUCCAAUAAUUGCUAUUAACAAUGUGUCACUGAUGUGAAUUGUGUAUUCAUGAAUUUUGAAAAAAAUAAAUAGAAAGUGCUGCUGCAUUUGGGGUGGGGAGCUGACUAGCCAUUCUGUUUUUGUGCCAAGGAACCAGGAACCAUGUGGUGAAUAGUUUUUCGAUCCCAGAUUCUAACACUGCUUACACGGGGUUGAGAUAAUAAUCCAAUGCUGUCAUUUGAAACUGACCCCAGGGAUAGGACUGGAACCACUGCAAAACAGUGUCAACAGUGCCCAUUGCACAAAACUGGUUCAGGCGAAUGAUUAAUGGUAUCAUUAAAAUAAAUAUACAAGGUGUAUCUGAUGGCAAAAUGGUUUUCAUUAGCUUUGUUGAAGAUAAUCUUGGAAGCCUGUUAAUAAGAACUUAGUGGUCAGCAAAGCAAAUUGUAACUGAAAUAAUUAACAAACGUGCUUUACAUCCUUCUAUCUUUUACUAGUUUGCUUAGUGGCACGCUUAGUUUGCCACUUCCUCCCCUUGAGCACUUCACUUAAUAAAAGUAGGAUGCUUACUGGUUUGAUCAUACCAGUUUGCUGUCUGAACUGACAAACUGUGAUUUGAUAAAAUCGGAAAGUGUUCUAUUAAAUUGAGGGGGAGACGGGAGUGGUGAAAGUAGCACAUGAACAUAGAAUCACAGAAUUGUACAGUUGGAAGGGAUCCCAAGGGUCAUCUAGUCCAACCUUCUCCAAUACUGCCCACAGCCGUCCCUGGAUAGGCUCUCAAAACACCAACCUGCUGGCUAACACAUUGGCUCAUUGAAGCCUGUAUUGAGAGGUGUGCCACUUCUAGUCAAAGAUAGAAAAUAGGGGGAUCAUGGUUGUAACAUGGUUGUGAGUGUAGUUAUGGCACCAUGGGGAAGCAAAGAAUUAUAGCUUGAUCUAUAUUGUAGAUUCUCAUAUUCAAGAUUUAAUGUUGCUUAGUGUCCAUGUUACCCUGAGUUCUUAUAGGAAGGCUGGGAUACAAAUAUAAUAAGACUGCUUUUCAGGAUAUGCUAAACACUUUGCACAGCUUUGAAUAAAAUACGAAACCAUUUUGCAAUUCUGCGAAUUCUACUUUUGAGUUUUUAAACACGUUAAUAUCUCAGAUAAUUCUCAUAUAAACCUUGCAGGCUAGUGAUGCACUGUAAAAUCAUAAGUAUAUUUCUUUGGAAGUACCGUAUUUUUCUGUGUAUAAGGCUACGGUUUUUUACCAAAAAAUUAGGUUUGAAAUUGUGGCUCAUCUUAUACACUGGUAGUGCUGAGGGAUGUUUACUUAAUUUGGAAAUGAUAACAGACUUUCAGUAAGGAGAAUGUUUAAUUCAAAUUAAUAAAAUAAGGGAAGUUCAGUUCUAGGCUUUGGAAGAAGAGAUUGCUUGCUUUACACAUUACACAGCAGCAGGUCUGGGUUUGCCACCAGGUGUACCCUCAAAAGGAAGUUGCAGCCAUCCCUGCUCUCUGAUAAGGGUACUUAUAUACUAUGUAUAUUUUCAAACUGCUGGGAUAGCUCAGUCGGUAGAGCAUGAGAUUCUUAAUCUCAGAAUUAUGGGUUUGAGCAAGCCCCACAUUGAGCAAAAGAUUCCUGAAUUGCAGGGGGUUGGAGUACAUGACCCUUGUGGUCUACAGUUUGUGGUCUACAAUUCUAUGAUUCUACGAAACAUCUGUUUACAAUGUUAACCUGUAACAUUUUUAAGUACUCACUAAAUCUUGAGUGUAUUCUUAAAAUGACAACAUUUGGAUAAGCCCUGUGAUGCUCUUAAGCUGUAGAAAUUUGAUGCUGAGUUCUGAUAGGAAAAGUAACUUUAUUAAUGCAUUUUAACAUACCUUAAUACACAUAUUCUGACGGCCUGUGGUCACAAAAGCAGUAAGUCCAAAGGCGUUGCCACUUUAAUGCACUUCCCAUUAAAACGGCAGUGAACAGGGCUGGAAAACCCCCAGACACCUGUUUUCCUGGGUGCCUAAAAAGAUGAUGCUGGCAACUAAAAAUACAUAUGGCAUAAACUGGCCAUUUAUCCCCAUCACAGCUGUUGUUGCCCUUGUCCAGUUGGAAAACAGUCCCAGGAAAAUGGGAUCACAAUCAUUAGAGUACCAGAAGUAUUGGAACAACUAAUGUGCACAUAAUAGGGAAAAAAUGACAGGGAGCUAGAGAGUGAACUUGCCAUUAGAACACUUCCCCUAUGUCUCUGCCUGUGAAAGAACCAACCUCCCAUUUAUGUGUGUUCAGUAUGUGUGCAACUGUGCAUAUGUGCAUCACGCCAAACCCAGAAGUGACAGGGAAGGGGCGGAAUGGGGUGUUUGCAGGUUUUUCCAGUGGUGUUUCAAAUAUACAUGAUUUCACUGCCAUGCACAAUGCCUUGGAACGUAACCCCCACGUAAAUAGGGGGUUGCCUGUAGUGAGCAUAAUGGUGGUCUUUGCAUAUAAACUGUAUAGAAAAAGCAUACUGGAGGCGAUAUUUCAGGACAGACUCCUCUACAGAAUUGCUGUGAGUGACAAUAUGGGGUCCAAAAAGUACCUUUACCUUUACCAAAAUGUUCCAGUCGAUAAUUGGCAUUCAAAAGCGAAAGCAUGGUAGUAAUCUGUGGCUUUAGUCUCCUUCAUAUAUACUUAGUAAGUGCAUGUUUCAGUCAAGAUAAAUAAAUUUCUAGAUAACAUAAAUGACAGUGCCCAAACCUAGAACAAUUUAUCAUGGAACUGGCCAGUGGUGAGGUGACCCUGCACUAAAUCCUAGUUAAAGAUAGAGCUUUAUAAAAUUAUGAGUGGUAUAAAAAAAGUGACUAGAUAUGUUUUUCUUCCUGUCUUAAUACUAGAACCUAGUGCCAUCCAGUGAAACUGAUAUUUUUUUUUGAGAUUCAGACAGACAAAAGGAAAUACGUCUUCACAUGGUGCAGAGUUAAACUGUGGAGUUUGCUACCAGAAGAUGUAGUGAUAGCCAGGGGAAAUAGAGAAAUUCAUGGAGGUUGAGGCUACUAGUUAUGAUGGCUAUAUACUACUUCAAGGACUGGAGGUCUCUGAAUAUAAAUUUCAGGGGGGAAACAGCAUUUUGUCCUGCUUCCCAGGAGCAUCUGGCUUGCUACUGUGGGGAACAAGAUGUUUGGCUAGGUAAGGCUUUGGUCUGAUCCUACAGAUCUUUUCUUGGAUUCCUUAAUAUUUUUAAGAAUAUAUUUAACCACAUCUCUUUUUUUAAAAAAUGUAUUAUUUAUUAAUUUCUUCAACAGUAGCAAAAGACAAAAAUCACGGACAACCUUGAUACAAUAGUGCAACAGUCAUCUUAGUUGCAGAGUUAUUUGAAAAUAUACGGUAGUUAUGUCAUUUGACUUCUAGAUGUGCAACAGGCAAAAAAAAUAGACCAGCUUUCAUUUGCCAGAGUUGUAUUUAGGUAGGUGGGCCUUGCACAGCUUUGUGAAUGACCAAUAUCAAAUGACAACUUCUCAUGUUUGCUUGUUUUGAAUUUUUAAGGCUACUCCUAAGAAGGGCUUGACCCUGUUGAUGUCUUAAGUUCCCUUAAUGAUGAUAACUUGAGCAGGACCUUCAUCUUGACAGGCUAACAUAGAGGUGCUAUCUGACACCUUCACACCACCCAGGUCUUUAAAGUUUAAAGCAACAUGUUGAAUUUGACCCAGAAACUGACUGGUGACCAGGGCAGUGGCUGAAGACUAGUUAAACAUGUGCAUGCUUCUCCUUGUUAGCUGUCAACAGUGCCAUGAUGUUCUGCAUGAGCCGCAGCUUCCAAAUAGAUUUAAAGGGAAAUCUCUAAUUAAUAGAAAAGAGCAACCACCUUUUUCCUUUUUUUUAGUAGAGACCUCCCCCACAGUAGGGUGGGCGAUGUUGGAUUUUCAACAUUGUGAUUUAUCACCAGCCAAACAUCGUGGUUUGGCAAUAAACCGCGAUGUUUUUAUCUUACCAUUAUCUUAUCUUACCAUUAUCUUACCAUUAAUACCCUGAAACUUAUUUGUACUUAACUCCUUAUAACAUUUCUACUAAAGCCAUGUAAUUUCAUUCCAACAUUUUUCUAACACUCAUUAAUUUUACAAUGUUUCUAUAAAUAAAAUUUAAACUUUUCCCCAAUCUUCUUCCACCGUCUCUUCUCCCUGGUCUCGGAUUCUGCCAGUCCUUUCUAUCAGUUCCAUAUGGUCCAUCAACCUGGUGAUCUUCUGUCCGAGGCUCUUAACUCUUUUCCAUGUCCCUUCUGCAGAUCUUCUUCAUAUUUAUACAUACACUUUACUUUAUCUUCCGCUGAUCUUAUUCUUAAUUUCCUUCCUUUGACACUGAGGAGUAGAUCUCGGGGAAGCUCCAACCUAACAAUGUCUUUAUUCCUUCUCGACAGGUCAGCCCAUUCUCCAUAGUCAAAACUAGAGUCCAAAAGAUAUUUCAGGACGUGUUUCAACUGGCUUUCUCUAAAUUCAGUCGUAGAAGACAACAGCUUAUAUUCAUCAAAUUGUCUCUGUAAGAUUGGGGCUCUCUCCACUUGUAUUACUUGAGGUUCUACAACAACUUUCUCCCUCGUCUUCUCCACAACUUGCCAUGUCAAAGUAGAUUCCUGAAUCGAUUCCUGAGUAGUUUCUGUAUAGAUAUUCACUUCUUGUCCCAAAUCAGUCAUUUUUUGUCCCAAAUUAUCAAUUUUAAUAGUCAUCACAUCCAUCUUCUCAUGAAGCUGUUCCAAUAAAGCACUUAUCUUGCAAAAUGCAAUCACUAAGGCUUCUUCUGUCGACAUUCUUGUCCAAGGUCAAUCUCUGAUUCUCACGGUCUUUUAUCUCUGCAGCUGGAAAAUUCCCCAGCUCCACUCCUGCAACAGUUUCAAAAGCUCCCUCUAGAGGAAACAAUUUCUAUUUGUAUCCGUCCUUUUAAACGCAGAUCCAGCAACAAAGUUAGUUUCAAUCUUUCAGUUACUUUUGCUCCUUUUUAAGUGCAAAAGGAAACAAUGGAAACAAUAUAGUUCUCUUAUUUAACUAUCUGUCAACGUACGUUUUAUUCACAGUCAAUGAACUUUCCCAAAACGUCAAUCUUACUGACAGCCCGUUCCCAGGUUCAAAACGGUGGUAGUUUGUCUUUCUUCACUCUCUCUCCUGCAGGUUUAGGCGAUCUAUAAUUUCCCCCCUCUUCUCCUGCUUCCAAGGGGGGUUUAAUAAUUUUAACCGAUGGAAAUUUAAUCCUUUACAAAAGGCUCUCCAAGACUUUAGCUUACAGCGUCUUUGCUCAAUCUAUUUACAAAAGAGGAAGGCGGACUUCCUGUUUGAAACCUUCCCGUUUCGGUGCCGAAUUAAGAUGUUUAAAGAUCCAAUUUUCCGUUCUACUCACGGGUAGUUGUUUAAAGUCCAAUUGUCCACAGGAAAAAGCGCUCUCCGGCAACGGCAAUGCGGCUUCACUCCGUGAAAGAAGCAGUCGAUUUGAAGCACCGCGCCGCUCACCCCACGUCGCUCCGGAUCCCUGAAACCGGGUUUCCCUGCGAGUAGGGGAGGCGCAAAAGGUGCCAGCCGAAUCCCAUGUCCACAGGCUUCUCCCGCCUGUGGUUUUUAAUGGGUCUCCGCCUUCGCCGUGGCGGCCAGACCCUGAUUUCCACGGAGCGGAUUCCUCCCGAUCAGAGGAAUUCCGCCAUUGCCGGAGGCGCUAACCCGGAAGUCCAGCCAAGUAGAGGCUUCAUUCAGAUGAACGUCUUCCAUCUGUCUCUGGAAUAUCCCAAAUAAGCAAUCAUCUCAAACACUGCCUCCUCUCUUCUGGAGCUUCAAGUCUGCAUUGCAAAGCAUGGUUUGAUUGUGACUUGAAGGGAUAGCUCAAACCAGAGUUCGUGUGUUCAGAUGUAAUAAGUGUGUUCAGAUGUAAUAAGAAACUAAGGUUUGAUCAAAACAAGAAAUAAUGAGAUCUCAUUUCCUUCUCAUCCUGCAUAAAGAGCUUCAUUCAAGGAAAUGAGAUCUCAUUUGUGGCUUACAACCCACCAAGUUAUGGUUCAGUUUAUUGUCUUUAUGCAACGACUGUUACAAAUGCCCCUGUGCAGCCAACCUUUUUUAUUGCAUCAUACCUGUUUCUUUUGUUUGGAAAAACUGCAGUUCAUAUGCAUGUGCAAAUAUUUGAAGCUGGCUGUACUUUGUAAACGUUCCAGAAUACACAAGUUACUUAACCAAAAUUGGAACCUUUAUACUGUAUUCAGAGAUUUUAGAUAUGCAUUUAAGUUCCUUACUUGUCAGAUAGUAGGUUCAUUCUCUGCAAAUAACAGUUUCGUUCCCAUUGUAGGGUUAACAGUAGAGAAAGUGAUUCCCCACUCCAAUAUUUUUUGUAUGUUUGUGGUUACCUGACUUGUGCUUGACCUAAUGAUUUCACAGUUGAACUUCAGUGGCUUUUGGUUGUAAAGGUUAGUUCUGUUCUUUAAAUCUUUUUUUAAAAAAUUAGGUUCAGAACAGCAGCGAUUUUGUUUACUAGGCAGAUGACAUGGCAUGAUCUGUGUUUCCUGAGCAUAGCUCUUGGCUCAUGCAGCAGAAAUUGAGCUAGGGAGUAAUAAAUAGUCUAUAAUGGAUUGAGCCAACAGUUGCUGAGCUCUCUGGGAUCAGGUAAAUACAGUUUAAUUAGAUUUGAGCCUGUCAUCUUGAGAACUUUUCAUAUAUUUUUCCACCAAAGAGGAUAAAGCAUUAGUGCAAUUAUUAGUUGGUAGAUUAUAUUUUUAAUAAACAUAAAAACGGGUGCACUGGUGCAACUUUUCCCUGUAUCUUCUGAAACAAAGAGUUCAAGAUUCUGGUGGUUCUAUUAUAUUUAUUAAGCACAAUUACUAGCCACUUUUCCAGGGUUCAGCAGAAUACAAAACCUGCAGUGGAUUAAAAACAACAAACAGUCUAAAACCCCCAAAAGAAUAACCAGUCAAGCAAAAGACAAGCUGAAAUAGAUGUGCUUUGCCUUCUUCUGGGAAACAGAGUGGGCAAAUAAUGCACCUUAGAGGAGAUAUCAUUCUGCAGCCUUGGGGCAAUAAACACGAAUGCCUUUAUUGGGGCAAUAAACAUGAAUGUAGCUGCAGCAGUUUUCACUUUGUGUGGCGAUUGCCCUGAAUUUCUGUGUGAGUUUAUCAAAAUUGGCAUAGUGACAAUGCCAGAGAGGUGGUCUCUGAAGCCUUACAAAUUCUAGUAAAACAGUGCAAACUUUGAAAUAGCUGAGCUGCUUUCGAUGCUAACAUUGACUGUUAGGUGAUAGGCAGCUCUUGCCCAUCAUUUCAGAUGUGAGUGGUCACAGGAGGGAAGCCCAAGUCAUUGGCAUGAAGUGGAUAAGGUACAGGAGCCAAAAGACAUGUGACAGAAAGGCAGAGGUACUGUCCAGGUGAUCUCAGGUGUGUCUCAGGGGUGCCUUUGGAGCAGACAACAAGCAAUAGUAAGGGCAAGCUGAAAUAGCAGGGACAUGUAAGACUGGGGUGCAUGCACAAGGAAAUGGUGCAAAGUCAAUGGAAGGAGGUAUGGAAUGACUUCUUUGUCAUCUCCAGGGUUUGGGAGGGUGACAUAAGCCCUGCCUCAGUUGGCCUAUGUCAUCCUUACCACUUUCUAUUCACGAGGCCUCUUUCUGUAGAGAUAAUGAUAUGAUACACUGUAGUUUUUCUAAUAGUAUCUUAGGGGUACAGUAAACCCAUUCCUCAAAAUAACGUAAGUGGACCAGAAGACAAAUUCUGGUAUCUAAGCGAGAACAGAUUUUUAUAGCUUUUAAUUGGCUCCUUUUGUACUGUUAAAAGUUUUGUUUUUAAUAUCUGACUCUAUUGUUUUUAAUAUUCUAUUGGAAGGCGCCCAGAGUGGCUGGGGAAACCCAGCCAGAUGGGCGGGGUAUAAAUUAUUAUUAUUAUUAUUAGUCUGAUGACUAGAUAGAAAUAAACAAAUCUGAGCUGAUCUAUCAGGUGUGUGUGUGUAUACGCACAUACACACACGUUUAUAUAUAUAUAUAUGAACUUUCAAACUGGGAGUAGCGUUUUGCAGAAUGCUAAAACUGCCACUCCUCUCUAUAGGGUGGUAAGGUGUAGUGAGUGUAAUAUGAAUUGCAAAGUCUGCAUUUCAGCUACACAUUAACUUGGCAUUAGGCCAUUGUUUUAUGCGGAAUGAGUAGCUGGAUUUGGAACUCUAAAUUUGUUCUGGAGUUCAUGUGAGGCUUUGGAGUAUUUUCUUCAUGAACAUGUCAAGAAAAACGUAAAUGGGUAAUUUUUAUCCACUGAAUUAAAUGUGGAUGCCAUUCUUGUUUAAAGAGCUCUGUGUAAACACUAGAACUCCCAUUUCCAAAAGAGAUUGCAGGAUGCAUCGUCUAGUCUUGCAUUGCAGGGUUUUGGACCUUGGGGUCCCUUCCAUUUCUACAAUUUUUUUUUUAUUCUCUGAUUCUAUCUGUAUGAAAAAAUAAAGCUAAAAUCACUUUAAAAGUUGCUCAUAUGGGUAGAUGUUUGAAGUGGGUGGAUGGAAAGUAAUUAAAGUUAAAUCUAAAUACAGGAAUGUUAAAGCUACAUUUAAUCAUGUCUUAAAAUUGAAUAACAAAUUGAGAACAACCAUGGUUUGGUAUUAUGUAUGGACUGUACUGUAAUUCUGAACCAAGGUUCGGCCAUCAUCAUGCUGGUGUUCUCUCCUUUCCCUCUUGCAUCUCUUCACAUGUCCAAAUUUCCUCUCUGACUUCCUGAUUUGGGCAAACCAUAGUCUGUCGUUACAUCUGAGGCAUUUGCAGUUGACCACCAAACCAUAGCUGACAGCUGAUCAGUUCUGUAAAAUCUCCGUCCCUAGUUUUCUCUAACCGCAUGGGCUGCAAUGAGCAAACAUUUUGAUUGCUGGCUUACUCUGCGUCUGGGCUUUGAGCAGGAUUUUGGGCUCAAGCAUGAGAGAAAAAGGAGCAGGUGUGAAGUGGAAAGCAACAUUGAAAAGAUACUAUGUGGUCAUAGGUAAUAUGUUGAUUUAAACCACCUUAAUUUAAACCCAUCCACUCUUGGAAUACAUGUUUUGAACAUGGAAAACAAAUAUUUUAGCCUAGAAAAAAAUAAAGUUAUUUUUUUUGAAGUACAACUUGCUUUAAAACAAAUUUCCCCUCUUCUGUUGCAGAUCUUUCGCUAUUGAGGUUCAUCAAUGCAGAGCUUACAAGGGGUUACUUCCUGGAACAUAAUGAAGCGAAGUACACAGAAAGGAGGGAACGAGUGUACACGUGCAUGCGAAUACCAAGAGAGCUGGAAAAGGUAAACUACUUUCUCAGCGUUCUACUUGGGCUGAUAAAUUCAAAUUCUGGUUUUAUUAAAAACAUAACAGAACUUUCUAAACAUGCAUUUUUGAAUAGGUUUUAAAUUACAAAAAAUAAUUUUAAAAAUUACUUUUUCCCUGUACACUGUCUGAGGGCUGUGUCUUAUGUAUGGAGUCCAAAAGCAUCACUUUGUCUUUUGUAUGGUGAUACCAUAAUUGAAUGUGUAGGCUUGUGUCCAGAGGGUGUGUGGACUGAAGAGAACAGCAUGUGCAGCCAGAGCUUCACUUGUUGUUUUCUCUGCAGCAGUUCCACUGCCAAAGAGAAAAGCAGUAGCUCAAUUUUAAAAGUGGCUUGCCCCUGGCAAAAAAGCCAGCAGAUGCCAGUCAUUAUGAGUGGAUCUUGUUUGAGACUACGAGACACACUAAUGGGAACCCCUUCGUAAAUGGUUUAUCUAUAAACUUAUUUCCAUGGGUAAACCUUAUGUAGGUGCUAUAAACAUCAUUUCUGUUCUAAAACAAUGACAGCACUUACAUCCUGCAUCAUCCUUUCUGAAGUGCUAGAGUUAGAUCCUGAGCAAGAUGGACCAAUGGUCUGACUCUGUUUAAGGCACCUUCCUAUUUUCCCACGUUGCUGCUUCAAAAAGUUUGUGGGGGGUUUUCAUGUGUGCUUUAUUUUAAGUUUUUGAGUUUCUGCUGAAAUGAGGCUGCAUUUUAAUGUUGUAUUUUAAUCUUGUUUUUUAAGUUGUAUUUCAAUCAAUUGUUUUAUAUCUGGUGUUAGCCGCCCUGAGCCCGGUCUUGGCUGGGGAUGGUGGGGUAUAAAUAAAAUUUAUUAUUAUUAAACUAUAAAGUUGUUAACGGUUGGCAGGAUUCAGGUAAGGAGUCCCACUAGCAGAAGCCUGAAUAAGGAGUUCCACUCGCCCAACAGGGCUUCCCCCUGAAUCUCCCCCAAACACUUGAGAGAAUUCCUAGAAAGUACAUUGGGGGGCAGAUAGUUUUAUUUGACAAGUUGAGCUCCCUGAACUAUUAUAUCUUUUCAGUGUGGUGAACUUCUUUGAAGACUCCAAAGCAGACUACGAAAUGUCCCAUAAGAAUCUGCUUAGUUCUGUCACUGAAACAGUGGGACUUGAACUUAAUAUUGGCUGGUGGGAAUAAAAUAGGAAUAUGUUGGUGGGAUUCUUUUUUUAAAUAUAACUUUUACACAUUGGAAUUAGAUAUUAGUAUGUUUAUCUAAUUUAAUCAAUCUUACUGGGUUUCUAGAGGGACGCGGGUGGCGCUGUGGGUCAAACCGCAGAGCCUAGGACUUGCCGAUCAGAAGGUCGGCGGUUCAAAUCCCCGCGAUGGGGUGAGCUCCCGUUGCUCGGUCCCUGCUUCUGCCAACCUAGCAGUUCGAAAGCACGUCAAAGUGCAAGUAGAUAAAUAAGUACUGCUCCGGCGGGAAGGUAAACGGUGUUUCCGUGCGCUGCUCUGGUUCAUCAGAAGCGGCUUAGUCAUGCUGGCCACAUGACCUGGAAGCUGUACGCCGGCUCCCUCGGCCAAUAAAGCAAGAUGAGCUCUGCAACCCCAGAGUCGGCCACGACUGGACCUAAUGGUCAGGGGUCCCUUUACCUUUACUGGGUUCCUAAAAAACCCUUUAAAGUGAUAACUCAGAAGUCAUUUUAAAGAUGAUUUAACAGUACUGUACACAAUUCCAUACUAUAUAAUUAACAUAUAACACGUGAACCAUAAACUAAUUAUUUUCACCCUCCUUAUCUUCAGGAAAUGUUUUCCACAUCUAUUUAAUACAAAUGGUUUUGCCAUAUGUUCCAGGCUAAAAAACACCUUCAGUUCACAUGGGACAUUAGCCAGGCCCAUUAGACCUCAUAGUUAUUCUGCAUCAACUAAGAAGGUGUAUCAACCUAGGAAGGUGCCUACUAUAUGGAUGGCUUGUAUGGGAUGUCAACAGCGGAAAAGCUGUAUUUGAUUUCUUAUAUUUCUCAUUGAGAAAUCCCAGGAUUCCCUAAUUCACAAACUGAAAAAUACUGGUGUAUGCAGAGCUGAACAUUUUUUCAUAGAGUGUUCCAUGUGAGGGGCAACUUUCAAAAUUAAAAUAACUUCUGCAAAAGCUGCCUGUCUCUACUUCAGAUAGACUGUAGUCACCAUGAUGUGAAAGGAAGGUCAGGGCUGAUUAUCUAAAAUUGUGUCCAGGAAUAGGUCAUCUAUUGAGGAAAGAUUGGACUCAUUGAGCCAUGAACGUUUGCAAACUUUGACUGAUUCUUACAGUGCAGACAUUUUCUUGAACACUUUCCAAGUGCACAGUGUAUUGUUCCAUAAAGUUUCCCAGACUAAACAAAUAGUGCUUCAAUCUCAUAACAUCAUGGCCACUACUUUACUGGCAUGGUGUCACACAUUUAGGUUUAGGGAAAUUGUGAAAAAAAUAGUUUUUCUUCCAAACCUUUAGAAAGAUUUAGGUUAUUCUUUUGUUGGCUGAUGUUGGUUUUGUGAGGAUUUCUGCAUUCUGUAUUUGUGGCAGUUCUAAUAAGGUCUUUGGUGUGUAAGUGCUUUCUGUGUAUUACUUUUGGGUAAAGGUAAGGGUGAUUUUAUAGACUUAGAAUUGUGAUGCUGAUCAGCAUGGAAAUCUUUAAAGUAACUGUUUUUACUCUGAUUUCUCUUUCCUUUUACUCUCUAGUUGAUGAUUUUUGGGAUUUUUUUGUGCCUGGAUGCUUUUCUCUAUGUGUUCACACUCCUCCCAUUGAGAGUUUUUCUGGCAGUGUUCAGGUUCAUCACAUUACCUUGUUAUGGCUUGCGGUAAGUUCCUUUAUUUCUCUUACUUAGUUGAUCUAAAUAUACUUUAAUUGGCCUAUUUAACUUUGUCAGUCUUAAGGCUUGAGCUGGUUUGAAAUUGCAAACAGUUUCAUGCUAAAAAGCAAACAAAAAAUAAUCCUAACACUUGACAUUCAUUUUUGAGCCUCACCCAGUUGUGGUUUUGAAUAGCAGUUAGCUCAAAAAUUCUACAUCCUCUCCCAGAAUUUGUUGUUAAGGGCAUGCCAGGAACCUUAUUUUCUAGGGUUUGUUUUACUAAGUUAUAAUGAUUUUCCUAAAAGGACCAAAAUACAUAAAAAAGUAGUUCUGUUAGUGCAAGAACUCUUUGCUGCACAACACAACUCUCGCCCUCUCUCGCUCUCCUCAUGCUCACUGCACACCCUCCAAAUCUGUUCUGUGGGUUCUCCCAACCCUCUGAAGCAGAUCUGCGGAGGGCACAGGGGCACAUGGAGAUCAGAGAGGAAGGGGAAGUUUCAGUGCACUAACAGAAAUCCUUGUGCUAAUUGAACUACCGUAUUUUUUGCUCUAUAAGGCUCACUUUUUCCCUCCUAAAAAGUAAGGGGAAAUGUGUGUGCGUCUUAUGGCGCGAAUGCAGGCUGCGCAGCUAUCCCAGAAGCCAGAACAGCAAGAACAGAACUGCGCAGGGGUCCCUCUUGCUGUUCUGGCUUCUAUGAUUCAGAAUAUUUUUUUUCUUGUUUUCCUCCUCCAAAAACUAGGUGCGUCUUGUGGUCUGGUGCGUCUUAUAGAGCGAAAAAUACGGUACUUUGUUGAAUACUGACCAUGUCUUUUUUUUAGCUACCGAAUUUGUAGCUUGCAGGUGGAUAACAACAACAACAACAACAACAACAACAAUUUAUUUAUACCCCACCCAUCUGGCUGGGUUUCUCUAGCCGCUCUGGGCGGCUUUCAACAAAAUACUAAAAUACAAUAGUCCGUCAAACAUUAAAAGCUUCUCUAAACAGGGCUCCCUUCAGAUGUCUUCUAAAAGUCUGGUACAGUGGUGCCUCGCAAGACGAAAUUAAUCCGUUCCGCGAGAGUCUUCGUCUAGCGGUUUUUUCCUCUUGCGAAGCAACCCUAUUAGCGGCUUAACGGAUUAGCGCUAUUAGCGGUUUAGCGGCUAUUAAAGGCUUACAGGCUUACGGGAUUAGCCCCUACAAGGCUAUUAAAGGCUAUUAAAGGCGUAGCAGAUUAGAUAAAGGGGGAAAAGCGAAAAAAAUCUCAAGACUCGCAAGACAUUUUCGUCUUGCGAAGCAAGCCCAUAGGGGAAUUCGUCCUGCGAAGCAACUCCAAAACGGAAAACCCUUUCGUCUAGCGGUUUUUCCGUCUUGCGAGGCAUUCGUCUUGCGGGGCACCACUGUAGUUGUUUUUCUCUUUGACAUCUGGUGGGAGGGCGUUCCACAGGGCGGGCGCCACUACCAAGAAGGCCCUCUGCCUGGUUCCGUGCAACUUGGCUUCUCGCAGUGAGGGAACCGUCAGAAGGCCCUCGGUGCUGGACCUCAGGAUGUUACUCUGGAAUAUACCCUUUAUUUAAACGGAAGUGUUAAAGCUUAUGAAUUUUACUCCAUUAUUUAAAUUCCUGCAGGGUAAUUUUGUCAAAAACCAUUCAGGAGAAGGCUACAGGAUAGUCCUCUUAGUUCCAAGGAUCAUUUAGCAUCUCUGAUAAUGUAGAAUAAUAGGAUUAUAAAAUAAACCCAUUCAAAUACCUCUAAAUACUGGUAGCAAUCUUUAUUUAGCAUCAGGUUAAAUCAUAAUGUAGAGUGAUGUGAGUUAGUUGUUAUAAGCCUCAGGCUCAUAUAAUCACACCACCUCUGACAAGGUAAGUAGUAAUAGUUUCUGCUUAACAACAACUUGUCAACUCAUCCAGACAUGAUCAAAUGGUAGUUAAUUUUAACUAUAGUUUCUUCGAAACAAGCCAACUUGAAAACAUUGUGAGAUGUGCUGGCCAUCUUAUUAACUGUCCUGUCUGUAGAAAGACCAUACCAUGUAUUGCCCACUUAAUAAAUUAAUCGUCUUGCCGAUAAACAUUCACAUUCUUCAUGAUACAAUUGGGAAUGUACCAUGUAUCCCAUGUCUGGCGUGCUUGUACUCAGUUGUUAGUUAGUUAGUUUUAUUGUUGCUGUUGUUGUUAAGACCAGUUGUAGGGGACUGGAAAAAACCUGGUACUGAAGUCAGAAGCUAAGACUUCAGCAUAUCCAGCUUCUUUGAAAGGCUUGAGUACAAUCCAGAAACAUCAAAAUUGGUAUCAGUUCCCCAUUGAGCUUGUCAGUGCAAAGAAUCAGGUUAUGUGCUCCUUUUUUUAGAAUGAAAUGUCCCUUUUGAAUUUUGCUGCAAAUACAUUUUUGAUGCUGUAUAAUUUGCAACUUGUUUAAUAAAUCCUUUAAUUGGGUCAUUUUAUUCAGCACCUAAUUCCACAAUGCACUAUAAAUUUUGUCUUCCAUGGUUAAAAAAUGGCUGUUUUCAAGUUUCUUGAUUAUUGCAUGUUUUUAACAGUGAAAAUAUUGCUGUAGAAAAAUAUAUGUAGGCCUGUUAAUAAAUGACAUUCUGAGGAAUAAAGUACUGAAAUAAUUAGAUUUAAGAUCAUAUUCCAGUAUUAUGUGGGCAUUGGUGUGUUUGAGCUGUUUUUAAGGACUAUAGACACAACAUCAUAUUCCAUUCUAUGUAAAAACAAAAAGUGCUCCUCCCUUCAUUCUGGUUUUUUUUUUUCAAGAUCUCAGCAGAAAGACUAAAUAUCCUAUAUCUCCAGCCUUUGUUUACACUCCAUUUAUUCUAGUCUCUUCGAAAUGAUUUAAACGGGAUUCUAUUCUCCCAUUCUUUAUUGCUCUGAAAGUAUAGCAGUCCUUUUCUUUUGUGAGGUUAAUCCUCAUCCACGUUCUCACGAUUCAUGUAAAGUGCAAAUAUUGCAUAGCUGUGUUUCUGCAUCCAGACUCUUGGACUAGAUAAAAACAGAAUAAGGCGAUUUCUUCAUAGCUAAGAUUAUUUCCUGUUCUUUUGUACUUGUGCAUCUUAGGGGGGCGGGUUCUUUCAAGACUGCCAGGUUAAUUUUGGAUUGUUUGAGCAAGAUGUUUAGCUAACAGGGUUAAUUACUUUAAAAAUAAUAAUAAUUGUAUUAAAAUUUGUACUUCUGUAGUCAUGCAAUGGACACUUACUGGUAUCUUCUGAUGCCUGAGUAUUUCCAGGUGAACAGUUUCAGAGUGUCAGUCAUGCUGCCUCAGUACACCCAACUUCUGCAAGCCAAAUGAGACUAUGUCACUCAUUGCUGGUCCAGAUAGCAGAUCUGGGUCUAGCAAAGCCUGGGGCCUGAGGUAGCACUUGGAACAUUGCCCAAAAGAACAGCAGUCAUGGAAGAAAAGCCAAGUUAGGUGUUAUUGCAUCACUCCCACAGCUGAUGUAGGGCUGCAACAUUAAAUCAAACUUGGGGUAGCCUUCCUCCUAGAAGGUGAUCUUUUAAGCAAAGCUUUGUUCGUAACUUAAAUAUUUAUGUUGUGCCCUAUGUGAUGGGCUCAGCACAGAUUACGGCAGUUUUGUCAAAGGUAAAUUUAUCGCUGUCCAGGGCACAUUCUGCUAAAUACAGCAAUAGCUUUUGCCACAAAUUGAGCCUUCGUUGGUAACCAGAAAAUAGUGGAUUUCCACUGCCAUAUCUUUUAUUUCUUUUGGAGAAAUACAUACUUUCUCCUCCAUUAAGAUUUCCCUCCCUGUUGUUUCAAACUUACCACAUUUUAAGUAAUUUGUGACUACAUGUUCUGCCAAGUUUGCAGCGUGAUCCCAAAGGCAUAAAUUCAUGUAACUCAUUUUGUGGAUCAAUUUGUGUUCACUAACAAAUAAAUAUAUGCACUGUUGUAUUCCCCUUAUAUGAGACCAUAGGGCUUUCAGUCUUUUGGUAGGUAAUAUGUACACCAUCAAUGGAUUUAAUUCCACGAAUUUUAAUUCCAGCUUUUUAGAAAUACAGGCUUUCUUCUCUGUUUCCUUUUUCUUUUGUCUCAUAUUGGAAGUUUGACAAUAGCAGAUUUGAUCUAAUUCCUUUUUGCUGAGUUAAAUUCUUGAUUAUCCCAAAAUUCUUAAUUAGGCAGAUAUGAUUCAUUCCAUUCAUCUCAAAGAGAAUAACACUCUUUUCCUGCUUCAAUCUGUAUGUGCUACAUGAGGGAAAAUAAAGCUUUCAAUCACUUUCCCUCUUUUCCAUGAUGGUCAACGUACCUAGUGUAGCAACAUUACAACCUUCUUUCUCUCUCUUUCUCUUUUAUUUCUUGUAAAUCAGACUGAAGGGAAGAGCACUUUCACUUCCUUUAUAGGAUGGAAUAUGAUGUCACUUGGGACUCCUUCAUGGUGAGUAUAUAUCCUGAUUUUUCUUCUAAAUUAUCAGCUAAAAUGAUUUCUCCCCAUAAAUUGUAAACUUGUAUGUCAUGUUGUUAAAAAGCCAACAUCACAUUAUUAACAUCACACUUCUGUUCAUAAAUUUUGCUGGGUUGUAUUCAACUAUUUCCUGACCAAAGUAGACCCAGGGAUAAUGAAAUAAAUUGUUAAGUUUGAGUACAUUCUUACAUUAAAUCUAAAAUGAGAUUGUCCAGUCAAUUUUAAGAGACGCCAUGCAAUUUUUCCUAUUUCACUGAAAAUCUUAAUAGUCGAAUUUCCAUGAAUAGGAGCUGUCAAAUGAAUUGUUAUCCUAGGCUUGUAAAUGACCACUAGUCAAGUUAACUGUGGCAAGUGAAAAAUCAACUCCAGAGACCAGGCAGGCAAAUUUUCUAUUCUUUUUUUUCUUUCACAUGAGCCACAAACAAUUGCAGGGAGGACUAAUAGCAUUUUUGUGUGUGAGUAGUAAACUUUGUGAAUGCUAUGGGUUUGUUUCAAAAUAUUCCGUAUUAGCUACUUAUGAAAGAUAAAUAUCAUUGUGCAAGUGGAACUCUGCUCACUUAAUAGGGCUUUUUUACCCUCUUCUCCCCGCUAUAGUCCCCUUUGUCUAUGAAAAGCCACUCAUGAGGGUUUUGCCCCCCUGAGACCAGUACUGGACAUGACAAAGGGGGCUGCUGUAGAAGGAGGAAGCCCUCAGUAAUUGAAGGACCAUCUUGCCUACAGUUCGCACAAGAGCACCUCUGUAUCCAAGACAUAGUUCAGAUAUAAGCUGUAUCUAAAGCAGUUUUAAUUUUAAAAAUGAUGUGCAGGGCAUAUCAAAUGUUCUUCAUACUGUAGUCCUUGCUUUACUGCAUAAUAAAGUCUCAGCUUGGUUUAAUAACUGUUAACAACCAGGAUAAUAAGGUAGGAUCAGGAUUAUCUGGGUGCUUAAACAGGAAUUAGGGAUGCGGGUGGCGCUGUGGGUUAAACCGCAGAGCCUAGGACUUGCCGAUCAGAAGGUCGGUGGUUCGAAUCCCCACGAUGGGGUGAGCUCCCGUUGCUCGGUCCCUGCUCCUGCCAACCUAGCAGUUCGAAAGCACGUCAAAGUGCAAGUAGAUAAAUAGGUACCGCUCCGGCGGGAAGGUAAACGGUGUUUCCGUGCACUGCUCUGGUUCGCCAGAAGCGACUUAAGUCAUGCUGGCCACAUGACCUGGAAGCUGUACGCCGGCUCCCUCGGCCAAUAAAGCGAGAUGAGCGUCGCAACCCCAGAGUCGGCCACGACUGGACCUAAUGGUCAGGAGUCCUUUUACCUUUAAACAGGAAUUAAGACAGAGUUCCCUGGUUUGGACAAAGGAGGGAAGUCUGGCUUAAUCUAAAACAGGGAUGAAAUGCCAAAACUGGUAUGAAAAGAAGGGUUUGUGGGUUGGAGCAUACAUUUCUGGAUUUGUAAACCAUGGUUUACACUGCCCAGAUGUGACUUUUACUUUCUCCCCCUCUCUCUCACGUACACAAACAUAAAGUCAGUAAUGUGCAUGCUAAGAUACAGGGAUGAAUGAAAACAAUAGAUACUAAAAUAUCUCAUGAAAAGUACCUCACUCAAUUCAAUUUUAAGAUAAAUUUCUUUAGGGAAAGUGUUUUGAAAUCUUAUUAAUCGUCUUCCCAUUUCUGAUUUCACCUUGUUUGUUUUGAGACAGCUCUCACCGAGGCCUAAGGAUGAGGUUGGUGUUGAUUUUUUUUCUUCUUAGCAUGCUGUUGUGCUAUCUGUGCGCAUGUAGUUUUUGCUGUUGAUCAAGCUACAAGCAAACACAUUACGGAAGUUUAGCUUCUUUUAAAUAAUACUUCUUACACAAAAUGCAUGCUUUGAAGUAGCUUGGCUCUCUAAGUGCAUCUGAGUGAUGCCUGCGUUUCCAAAUGGGUCUCAUUCACAUAUUACAUUUUUUGGAGUGCUCUUAAAAACUUCGGUUAUAACUGAAAACAGUGGCCUGGAUUCCAUUAAGACAGCCCAAGGGUUCCUGCUGGUGCAGUAGGGCUUCUCUCCUUCCCUCUUGCACUUCGCCACAUGUGCUCCUGGAGAGUCAGGAGAACGCUGAGAAGAGAUGAGUGGAAGGAGGGUUUUUUUUUAGCAUAAAUGAAGGAACAAUUGGAAGAGUGUAACGUGAAAUUCCACCCAAUUUGUGAAUCAUCUGGGUAAGGGGAAGCCAAUGUGGUGCCCUACAAACAUUAUUGGACUACAACUCCCAUUGGGACGCGGGUGGCGCUGUGGGUUAAACCACGAAGCCUAGGACUUGCUGAUCAGAAGGUCGGCGGUUUGAAUCCCCGCGACAGGGUGAGCUCCCAUUGCUUGGUCCCUGCUCCUGCCAACCUAGCAGUUCGAAAGCACGCCAAAGUGCAAGUAGAUAAAUAGGCUCCGGCAGGAAGGUAAACGGCAUUUCCGUGCGCUGCUCUGGUUCGCCAGAAGCGGCUUAGUCAUGCUGGCCACAUGACCCGGAAGCUGUAUGCCGGCUCCCUCGGCCAAUAAAGCGAGAUGAGCUCCGCAACCCCAGAGUCGGCCACGACUGGACCUAAUGGUCAGGGGUCCCUUUACCUUUACAACUCCCGUUGCCUCAUGGCAGCAUGUUGCUUGAUCAGGGAUGAUGGGAAUUGUAGUGCAGUAACAUCUGAAGGGCUACUCCUGAUCCACUAUUAUACUUUGAGCACUGCCAAGUGAGGCAGCCUUUGUGUGUACAGUAUUUACUGACACAUACAAUCAAAGCAGGAAACACUUCUGUUGACCCUAAAUACAUUCAGCGGAAGGCAUGUUUCAGAAGUAGAUUUAGGAUGUGCAGUAUUGCAGAAUUUUGAUAACUCUUCAUGGGAUAAUUGUUUGACAUAGGAUAAUUCAGUGGUUCAAAAAGGGUAUGGCAGGAGAGGAUGGCAAGUGUGGCAGGAAGAUUCAAGGACAAGCAAACAUUUCUGUGUAGUAUGGAUAAACAACAGAAGCAGUAUCCACUCCUCUCUUCAAGAGCAUUGGCUGUUCUACGACAUAUUCUUGUGAACAAGGAUUUUCUUCUGACAAAUAUGAAAGUUCAGAAAAGAGAAAGGCUUCUUUGUGUUCAUGAGGGAGAUGAGCAUUUGUCAUAAAUUAGACAUAAUAUAAAUGAGAUUACUCGGCAAAAACAAGCUCACACCUCUCAUUGAGUUUGCAUACAUAUUUAAGAGGCUCAUUUAUAUUUUGGAAAUUAUUCCUGUUCUUAUGUAGCUGCAUAAGAACAUAAACUGCAUAAGAAGCAGUAUUAUAAAAUCGAGUACUGCUAGGAGUUGAUUCUUACUGUUUUUCAGUGUAUUUUUAUCAAUAAAAAAUUCAGUGUGGCGCAGUCAAAUUUUUAUUCUGAAAGUGUGGCCCUGAGAAAAGUUUGAGAACCACUGGGCUUAUCCCGUGAAGUAUGAUCCUGAAGCUUUUUCAGUACAGUGGUACCUUGGUUUGCAACCGCUUUGGAUUACAACCAUUUUGGAUUACAACCACGUCAAACCCGGAAGUGUGUGUCCCUUUUUUUGGAUUACAACCCAUUUGGGGGGCAUUGGCAAAAGUGCACCUUGGGUUACAAUCUGUUUUGGUUUACAACUGGACCUCCGGAACGGAUUAUGGUUGUAAACCAAGGUACAGGCAUAAGGUAUGCUCGUGUUAAUCUUGUUUUUGGUCAUCGUUGCCUAUGUAGGUAUUUUUCUUAACCAGCAGAUGGAGUCAGUACUUUGAUUAUGUGAAACAGAUUCAGAAUUUACAGUGCAUAAUAAAGGUAGCUUUUAAGUGCAAUCUGUCUGGAAUGCUAUCUUUACUCUUUGGAAAUUCUGAUAUACAUUACAAAGCUUCUUUGAAAUGUACCAAUCUGACAAACAUCAGGCAGUUUUUUAAAGUGUUGUGCUCAGGUAGAAAAGACCUUGCAGAUUUUAUGGAAAUGGCUCACCUUUGUCUAGGGACAAUUUGAGCUGAAUAGCCAUUGGUCACUCUCCUUUGCAUGCUCUAGUUGCUCUUAAUCGGUAACCAGUUGGUGGGACUUUUGGUAAUUUUUGGAGAUUGGUGGUAGAGGUUGGAGCCCACCUAAAUGUCAUAGUAGCAACUUUGUGUGUGAGAGAACACAAUCUACCCUAAUCACACAGAGAAGAAUGGAGGGCUUAAAAUGAAAAAGACAUCAGGAAGGGUGUGGCAGACUCCUUCUCUGCAAGUAAUUUUGCCUUAGCUGCGUUAACUUCCAAUAUUGGAGCUCAGCUGAGAAUAAGUGCACUUGGGGAGAGUAAUUGUGGCAAAGUAAGAUGGAGAAAGAAUUUUGCUCCCCUUUUGGUUGAAGGAAGGAAGAGUUUAGUACAGUUAAAAUCAGACUGACCACUCACCCUUGUCUAGGUGAUUGGGGCUAUACUACGUUGUGUCUAGUUUAACUCUUAGAAGAGCUUGACUUUUUGUUAUGCUUGUAACCUGAAAAUGCUCUGGAGAAAAUAGGAAGCCAGGGUGAACCUGGGAGCACUGGUAUAGUUACCCACUGUCAUUCAGAACACUAACAAAAACUUCUAAAUUGUCAAGAAAAGGUCCUGAAGCUUGAAAACAUUUUCUGUAAUUUAUUUGAGUUUGGACUGAAACAAGAAUUAUUCUGUAUGAGGAUCUGAGAUUAUAGCAAUUCUUGUGUGCUACAGGCUAAUCUUGCAUUGGAGUAAUCUUGAGCAUUUAGAGAAAAAAUAAUUAAUCACAUGUUUAUGCCUCUGAAUAUUUUGUAAAAUUACUAUUUCAGUAAAUCUUGGCUUUACAAAACAUUUUUUUACCAAUAUGUAACCAGAGUCAGAUUUCAGGGUUUAAUUAUUCUUCAUCAAAAUGUAUUCACACAUCUUCUGAGUUAAUGCUGACAGUACAAUAUACUUUUGAUAGAUUGUGUAGCUGCCCUGUUAUCAGUAUGAUCCAUUUUCUUCUAUAGUUCAGGCAAUUUAAAGCACAUGAUGGCCACAUUCAGACAAUUGUACCUCAAGUUCGAUAAAGCGAGAUAUGAAUUGUCAUUUUGCCUGUGCAUAUAUCCCCCUUUCUACACCGUUUGCAGCAUGCCUGAUUGCAAUGUAAGAUGCUCUCAAGUAAUGAAGCAAUCAUAUGUUGUUUGGCUGUUAAACCAAAUGAACUUCAUUUCCCAUUUCAACCAAACCUUGUUCCACCUUCAAAGCAAUCUUGGAUCUUGACUCAUGGUUUUGUAGUUGGUUUAAAAUUCUGGCUUGUUACUUAAUCGGUAACCACAGUCCCUCUGUUGAAGCCACAUGGUUUUCCUCAAGAGUUCAACUUUUACAGUUUCCCAAAAUAAAUGGAGCAAGAAGUUUUAAAAAUUAGGAAACCACAAACCAAAUCACAUUAAUUUAAUUUGGUUUAAUUUGUAGGAGACAAACAGCAACAUGUGCAGAUUUUUAAAAAAUCUCUGCAUUACUUCAUGUUUCUCCUUAAAACAAUUAAUUUCCAAAGCUUUUUGCCUACAAAUGUCCCUACAUUUCUUUGAGCGUUCCAAACACAAAGCCAUAAAAAUGCCAUAAACAAAUUUCUGUUUGCUGUUCACAUUUCCAUCUCACGAAAUAAACCUACAUUUUUGUUUUAAAAUCCAGAAUAAAUUACUGUUAGGAACAGACAGGAGUCUGAGUGAGCAGAGCAGGCAGGUGGGGAAGAGGAUCCAGGGGGAAGUGGGCAGUGAUUGGUGGGAUUCUGUGCCACCUGUAAAGUUAUCUAACCUGUAAGGUUAGAUUAAAGGUUGCAAGGUGGGACUGCCUCUGAAGACAGUUCGGACAGUUCAUCCAGUACAGAAUUUAGCGGCCAGGUUGCUCAUGGGGGCAAGACAGUUUGGGCAGAUUACACCAAGCCUGGCCUAGCUUCACUGGUUUGCCAAUUAAUUAAUUUAAUUAAUAGUAAUAGACUAUUAUGGGUUACUUCUUGGAAUGAUGAUCUUUUUGAACUCAGAAAGGAGGUAUUCUGCUUCCAGCAAAACAGGUUGCCUGCUCUCCUCUUGCAAAUUACUUUCAGUAUCGUUUUUUAAGUCCUGAGUGACCCUCACCCAAGGAGUUAGGUGUGAAUCAUUAGUUCUAGAUUGACUGGGGGCGGGGGAAAACCAGCAGCAAUUUAAGCAUUUGUUGUUACAAUAGAAAACAUACCAUUCAGUACAAAUGCUUUGUGUUGAAUGGCUCUGGUGCUUUUAUUAUGUACUUUUGAAAAACAUAUUUAAUAUGUGGCUAUUGUUUACAAUUGUGCUAUUUGUUUUGUGUACUUUCUAUAUUUCAGUGAUAGACGCUUGCUGCAGCCCGCUCAGGUGUGUGAUAUUUUCAAAGGAGUUAUAUUGCUAAUCUGCUACUUCAUGAUGCACUAUGUUGACUAUUCCAUGAUGUACCACCUGAUCAGAGGACAGUCUGUCAUUAAACUCUACAUCAUCUAUAAUAUGCUUGAGGUAAGCAAAUUGCCAUUAGAAAUGUCAAAACAUGCUUCCUUCCUGAAUAUUCCAGAUGGAACAAUUUCAAAGUUGGUAAAAGAAUUAUGGUAAUUCUGUAAUAUAUUUUCUGCCCUGUUAUGGGACAAAGAUCCAUUUUUCUUCAACAACGAUAAGCAAUAAGUUGUAUUGUGGAUGCUAUAGUUUUUUUUAGUAUUUGUAAGCAGCUUGUUUGUAAUGGGUUUUAAAAGAGCAACUCUCACAAAAGUAUGGUGUAUGUUUAACACAGUAAUAAACAUAGUAAUAGAUACAGUCCCAACCAAUUUUAGGAGUUUUAUAAAAAAAUGGUAGGUAUCUCAAGAAUUACUUCACAUGUGUCUCAGAAGUUGGACAUGUUUGAAGAAACUUAGACUUUGAUUUCUAUGAAUAGUAGACCUACAUGUGAAAAAGCAAGCUGCUUUUCAAAGUCCCUCGACUUUGCAGCUUUCUGUUUGAAGAUGGCUAUCGUAUCUUCUCUCAGUGUUCUCUUCUCCAGGCUAAACAUUAAGACCCUGGAUCAUCUUGCUCGCGCUCCUCUCCACAUGUUCCGGCUUGUCAAUAUCCUCCUUAAAUUGUGGCACCCAGAACUGGACACAGUACUUCAGGUGUGGUCUGACCAAAGCAGAAUAGAGUGGUACUAUUACUUUCCUUGAUCUGGACACUAUACUUCUUUUGAUGCAGCCUAGAGUAGCAUUAGCCUUUUUGCUGCUGCAUCACACUGUUGAUUCAUUUAAGCUUGUGGUCUACUAAGACCCCUAGAUCAUUUUCACAUAUACUACUGUCAAGCCAGGUGUCCCCAUCUUAUAUUUGUGCAGCGGAUUAUUCCUUCCUAGUGUAGAACCUUACAUUUGUCCCUAUUGAAAUUCAUAUCGGCCCAGUUCUCCAGUAUGUUUAGUACGAGAGAGGGACAAAAACUUCUCCCUGUCUACAUUCUCUACAUCAUGCAUGAUAUUAUGCAUCUCUAUCACGUCUCCAUUUACUUGGCUUAUUUCUAAACUAAAAAGUCCCUUGUAGGGGAGUUGCUCCAACCCCUUGAUUCUUCGGUUACCUUCUUGAGAUGUGGCAACACAGUAUUCCAAGUGUAGUCUUGCCAUAGAUUCUUGCGACAGCAUUAUGAUACUGGCAUUUUCGUUUUUAAUCCCUUUCUUAAUGAUUCCAAAUAAUGAUCCCUUUCAGCCAGUUAGAAGAGAUAUUUUUGAAGCUCAUCUCAAUCCCUGUUGUUCUCACCACCCUAAACAAUGUGGUAUCAUCAGCAGACAUGGCUAACUCACUGCUCAUUCCAACACUAAAUCAUUAAUGGGCUAUUUAAAAAAGCACAGGUCCAAGUUCCAAUUCUUGGGGGAACUCCAGUUUCUACAUCCCUCCAUUGGGAAAACUCCAUUUUUUUCCUACCCUUUGCCUUCUGUUUCUUUGCCAGUUACUAAUAAUCCACAGGAGAACCUCUCUUCUAUGACUGCUAAGCGUACUCAGGAAUUUUUGGUGAGGUACUUUGGGUACUUUGAUUGUCAAAAAGCUUUUGACAAUGUUGACGGGAUCAACACUAUAUGUAUGUUGACACUCUGAAAGGUUUGUCAGACAGGACUUAGCCUUUGCCGAAGCCAUGCCAGCAUUUGCUUUGCAUGCGGAAGGUCCCAGAUACAAUUUGACAUCUCCAGGUAGUGCUGGGAAAGACUCCUCUCUGAAAUCCUGGAGAGUUUCUGCCAGUCACUUGGCUCCCAUUUCACUCCACUUCUCUAACCAGCAAGAGCAACAGAUGAUGGUUGCCUGGCUUAGGUUUAUAUCUGAACUGGAGCUCGUGAUUUAUUUUUCUUCAAACUGCAUACCCUCCAACAUUCCUCCAAUGAAAAUAGAAAUUUUCCCUCCAGCAUUUCUCCAAUGAAAAUAGGGACAUUCUAAGGAAAAGUGGGACAUUCUGGGAUCAAAUCAGAAACCGGGAUGGCUUUUGUAAAUUCAGGACUGUCCCUGCAAGGUAGGGACACUUGGAGGCUCUGAAACUGUCAUGUUAAGCAAUGGUUUGUUCAUCGCUUACCAAUCAUGGUUUCUUUGGGUGAAGCUACAGUAAUUGGGAUAGAUGUGACACUAUGCUGUAGAUCAUGGUUUGUUGCUUCCACUGACGAGGGAAGGAGCAAAGUGGGAGCAAUCUCCACAUUCAUGGUAAACCAUUAACUGUCAGUUACCAAGAGGUGCUGGGACGCGGGUGGCGCUGUGGGUUAAAUCACAGAGCCUGGGACUUGCUGAUCAGAAGGUUGGCAGUUCGAAUCCCCACGAUGGAGUGAGCUCCUGUUGCUUGGUCCCAACUCCUGCCCACCUAGCAGUUCAAAAGCACUUCAAAGUGCAAGGAGAUAAAUAGGUAUCGCUCCAGCGGGAAGGUAAACGGUGUUUCCAUGUGCUGCUCUGGUCUGCCAGAAGCGGCUUAGUAUGCUGGCCACAUGACCCGGAAGCUGUACGCUGGCUCCCUCGGCCAAUAAAGCGAGAUGAGCGCCGCAACCCCAGAGUCGGCCACGACUGGACCUAAUGGUCAGGGGUCCCUUUACCUUUACCAAGAGGUGCACACUGGGCCGAUUAUGUAUUUGUUAUAUUUGCCCCAUAAAUAGAAAUGUGCGUCUUCAUUCUUCCAUCCACGCAAACUGAACACCCAAAGAUUCCCCCCUCAAAAAAACCACUUCUUUAAAAAAAAACAAACAACAGAUUUUUUGAGUGAGCUCUUUCCAGAUCUUUCCAGUAAUGUAGGCAUUUGCUGAAUGCCCACAAAUGACAUUUUGUUUUUGUUUUUAGAUUCAUGUCUCCCGGCUCCUGCUCCUUUAUGAACUCCCAAUGUACAUAAUACUAGUGACAUAGCCCCAUCAUGGAAUUCUUCUGGAGUCUGGAGCCGGAAUGUAGGGUUUAGGUAAGUCCAGUUUAAAGAGAGGGGCGCUAUUGUGUGGCAUCUAAGCAUUUAGAGUCCUAUUAAAAUUAAUUUUUUUAGAGACUAUUUUUAAAAAAACCACACAAUAUACUUUAGGGCUAUUAUACUAAAUUUGGUUUUUCCCCAAAUAAGAGAAAGAACGAGCUGGAAGAGAUUGAACUUACUUUGUUGUUUAGGGGGGGAAAUUACUUUUGUUGAGGGUUUCAUUGAACCAACCUAAAUCAUAGGCAAUACCAAUAGAGUAUAGAGGGGAGGAUAACACUUAAAAUAUGCUUUUGUAUGCAGAAAGGCACACUUACAAAUAUAUGAAACUGGAAGGCCUUGAAUAAUUUACUGUUUGUACAUAACGUACAGUGGUGCCCCACAAGACGAAUGCCUCGCAAGACGGAAAACUCGCUAGACGAAAGAGUUUUCCGUUUUGGAGGUGCCUCGCAAAACGAAUCUGCUAUGGGCUUGCUUCGCAAGACGAAAAUGUCUUGCGAGUUCCUGGUGUUUUUUUUUCCUUUUCCCCCUCUUUUUCUAAGUCGCUAAGCCGCUUAUCUGGUUAUCCGAUAAGCUGAUAAGCUGCUAAAAGCCGCUAAAAGCUGCUAAUAGCGCUAAUCCGCUAAUCCGUCAAUGGGCUUGCUUCGCAAGACGAAAAAACCGCUAGACGAAGAGACUCCCAGAACGGAUUCUUUUCGUCUUGCGAGGCACCACUGUACAUAAUUUGUACACGGAGGAUGUUUCUCACUGGACCAAGCUGUUCUUUCAUUUUGUCACUUCUGUAUUUUCCAGUUGUGGUAAGAAUUCACAUCUAUACAACCUUGUUCGUUACCAAGGUGAGGAACAACCAUCUUUUGAAUAAACCACAGAACCAAGGAGACUAAUUUGAGUCCAGCAACCAGGAAGCCCCCAACGUUCAUUAUAGCUAUUGCAACGGGACAGAGCUCACUCAAUUCAACAUGCCAGUUGACCUGAGAAGGUCUGUCCCGAGGCACUUCAGAACAAAGGCUUAUAUAGUUGUUCAAAAAUCAAACAAGUCAUAAAACAUCUUCAUGUACAUCAGGAAAGGUUACAGGUCAUGAAAAGCAAAGCAUGCAUGGCUCCAUACUGGUACGUUCACCCCCACAAUCACCUUGCAGUGGUGAGGCCAUUUGACCAUUUUCGGUCUUGGAUGUCUGGCAUUACCCUAGCAACCUAACCAUCAGUGGGAGGGAGGAGCAUCAUAAAAUCCUGGGUCUCAGAUAGCUUCAUGGAUAGCUGAUUAACACUGCUGUUAAAAUAUCUUGCCGUUUUUACCACUUUCAUGAGUAGAUAAGGAGAGAUGGAAUGCAGCGUAGGAAGGAGAAACUCACAAAUGCAGAACACAAAAAAAUCAAGCCGAAUACAUUCUAAAAGGUUAAAUGCAAUUAAAGUGAAACAUUGAAACAUUAUUAAAAUAAUAAAAAUAUACACCUGGGUUCACUAAUUCUUAUAUCACAGUUCAAAAGCAAAAGUUGGUUUUUUCACUAUUUUUCGUAACUUUAAGCCAGGAUAAUAUUCUGUCAAGUCCAAAUAGUGCUUGAACAUUGGUAGGAGAACUCACAGUUGUAUAAAGCACAGUGGAUCCAUCCUUCAGUUUGAGGUGCCAGUUCAUAUAACCAGGGUUUCCAUUUGAUCCCUGCAUGGUUCAAAGCCUACCUGCAACCCUGUGAAUUUUUGUACCUGGAUCUAGAGAGGAUGGUUCACACUUUUUGCAGUAGGGAAGCUCUUUGUUCGCAUUUGAUGAUGUAUGCCUUAACUCUGCACCUUGUGCAUACUGGAAACCAUGGGAGCCCCUUCAUCAGGUGGGGCUUCCAGCUAGCUGAAGUGACAAAGAGCCAUAGAAUUGCUAAUUAGAAAUGUUAAAAAAUCAGAAUUGGACCUUAAAAUAAUUAAAGGUUAAUGUGAAAUAUGAACUAAUAGAUUUUAGUGAGUCUACUCUGAGUAUGAUGUAGGUGGAUAUCACCCAUUAUAUUUGCCUUCUAGAUUUUGAUCAUUUAGGAAAUGUUCAUGCUUAAUGAAUAUUUCUCACAUCAGUGAGGGUGUAGAAGAUCAGCAAGGAGCCAAACAAACUCAUGUGCGCGCACACACACACACACACACACACACACACACGCAUCAAGCAAAAUUGAAAGGAUAAUAAUAAUAAUAAUAAUUAUACCCCGCCCAUCUGGCUGGGCUUCCCCAGCCACUCUGGGCGGCUUCCAACCAAAUAUUAAAAUACAGUCAUACAUCAAACAUUAAAAGCUUCCCUAAACCAGGCUGCCUUCAGAUGUCUUCUAAAAGUUUGGUAGUUGUUUAUCUCUUUGACAUCUGGUGGGAGGGCGUUCCACAGGGCGGGUGCCACUACCGAGAAGGCUCUCUGCCUGGUUCCCUGUAAUUUGGCUUCUCGCAGGGAGGGAACCGCCAGAAGGGAGAUGCUCCUUCAGAUAUACUGGACCAAGGCCAUUUAGGGCUUUAAAGGUCAGCACCAACAGUUUGUAUUGUGCUCAGAAACGUACUGGGAGCCAAUGUAGGUCUUUCAAGACCAGUGUUAUGUGGUCUCGGCGGCCACUCCCAGUCACCAGUCUAGCUGCUCCAUUCUGGAUUAGUUGUAGUUUCCGGGUCACCUUCAAAGGUAGCCCCACAUAGAGUGCAUUGCAGUAGUCCAAGCGGGAAAUAACCAGAGCAUGCACUAUUCUGGCGAGGCAGUCUGCGGGCAGAUAGGGUCUCAGCUUGCGCACCAGACGAAGCUGGUAAACAGCUGCCUUGGACACAGAAUUGACCUGUACCUCCAUGGACAGCUGUGAGCGCAAAAUGACUCCCAGGCUGCGCACCUGGUCCUUCAGGGGCACAGUUACCCCAUUCAGAACCAGGGAGUCCUCCACAUCCGCCCACCUACUGUCCCCCCAAAACAGUAGUUCUGUCUUGUCAGGAUUCAACCUCAAUCUGUUAGCCACCAUCCAUCCUCCAACCGCCUCCAGACACUCACACAGGACCUUCACCGCCUUCACCGGUUCUGAUUUAAAAGAGAGGUAGAGCUGGGUAUCAUCUGCAUAUUGAUGGACACCCAGCCCAAACCCCCUGAUGAUCUCUCCCAGCGGCUGCAUAUAGAUGUUGAAAAGCGUGGUAGUGGUGCUCUUGCCCAUUUUCUUCCUGAAAGAGCUCUUAAAACUGCGCCCCAGUGGUCCUGUUAAGCUCCUGCCACCAGAAAGCUGUUGAAAUCGGGUGACGAGUGUCUGAUGGCUGGAAACUGCUGAGUCAGGCCUGGAUGCUCCAUCUCGGUAGAGACUCUCUUGCAAAAGCACUGCAGGUACAAACAAGCAGGCAAAUCGUACAGCGCCAGGCUGAAUUCUGACAGGCCAGGCACAUGGCACAGUGUCUUUGCUUCCUAUCUGGGAAGAUGAUCCAAAUUUUUUCUCCUUCUCCUGCUUGGGAUGGGUGUGGGCAGUGCAGAGUCCUACACGUCUUUCCUUCCCAUCCAUCUGCUGCCUCUUGUUCAUCUUCCCCCAGGCCCCAUUUUGCAUUUCAGGGCUCACUCCAGAUUUCUUUCUUAGGGUGCCUCCUUUUCUCCCCAUGACUGCUCUUGGGGUUCUUUGGCAUCUUCUUUUUUCUUGAGAGUAUUUUCUGCACUGUAUCAGCCCUCUGACCAGACAUUCAUAGUUCCAUUUCCACAGCUGCAGUGACGUGACAUUCCAGCAGUUUUGCUCUUGCCCUAUAGGGGGAACUAACAUGUGCAGUCAGUUUAUAUUAUCAAUACAGUGGUACCUCGGGUUAAGUACUUAAUUCGUUUCAGAGGUCCGUACUUAACCUGAAACUGUUCUUAACCUGAAGCACCAUUUUAGCUAAUGGGGCCUCCUGCUGCUGCUGCGCCGCCGGAGCACAAUUUCUGUUCUCAUCCUGAAGCAAAGUUCUUAACCUGAAGCACUAUUUCUGGGUUAGCGGAGUCUGUAACCUGAAGCGUAUGUAACCUGAAGCGUAUGUAACCCGAGGUACCACUGUAUAUGGCAUUUUCUGCUCCACAAUUUAGCUCUUCAGGUUGAAUUUAAAAACAUUAAUUGGAGGGUGCACAAAUACUUCUGCAUCCUUUUAAUGAUGUGGCUUCAAACAGCAUUCCGUGGAACUCUAGUUUCUUAGAAGACUAUCAGGGACUUCUCAGGGGAAAGAAUAAUCUCUGAAUGACAUUUAUUGACCAUUACCAAUUGUUCCCUGCAAUGUAGAACCCCAAAGGUUCUGGGUUGCACUGUUUUGUUCACACAGGUUAAUGGUGGAAUCUGAUAGGUCUGGCCAAUGCUCCACAUAAGGUGACUUUGUGCUUGAAGCAGAAUUGUAAAACUUCUACAACACACAGGCAUUCCAUGGCCAGUCAGCAGCAAGGAUACUUUGCAGAUGUUGAAGGGAAAGCUACUUGGAAGUAGAAACUUUGAAAACAAAAAUUGUAGCUAACUUGGUUUUGAAUAUCCUGUUUGUAUUUCGUGUUGGACACUGACAUGUUAAGAGUAUGCAGUAAUUAAUGGAAAAAUAAGCUCUGUUACCUUUGUUUAAGAGGAACAUAGCUGACAAAAUUAAACUAUCUUGAUUUAUACUUCCUUGGUGUAUUUUCUCUCUCUCUCUCUCUUUCUAGGUAGCUGAUCGUUUGUUUUCAUCUUUUGGUCAAGAUAUUUUGGAUGCUCUUUACUGGACAGCUACAGAACCAAAGGAGAGAAAAAGGGCACACAUAGGUGUGAUUCCCCAUUUUUUCAUGGCGGUGCUGUACGUCUGUAUCCUUUUGUGUCAGAAUUGCAGUUCAUUUUCAUCUCUAUGAAUGCUAAAAUAGUAUUUAAAAUGCAUGGAUUUGAGGACCAUUACGUUUUAUCUACAAACCUAUUCAAAGUUCUGUGUCAGAAUCUUCAUCUUAAUUAAUGUAAGAACUAAAACUGGAUUUUUUUUUUUUAAAAAGUAAAUUAAAAACCUUCUAUUGGGCAAGAAUUAACUAAGGAGAACUCCUCAGUCCAGCCAUGCAGAACUUGUGCUUAAGCUGUCCACUUACCACAAACUAUAGCCAAGAACAAACCUUGUUGAUAUCCUGCCUUGUCCACAUUUCAUGUUUUUCCUGCUAACCUUGCUUUUAAUGCUUGCCCCUGGCCUGGCUUGCAUUAACUCUUAGCUAAACCAUGGCUAAACCAAGGAGCCAGCGUGCAGGUGCUGGGAGGAAAAAUGGCAGCUACUUAUUUCCUUCCCUGGCCCUGCUGCUGCUAUGCUACCUAGAGCUGAGCCAUGGUUGUGUUUAUUGUCAAACCUAAACCCAGAGUUGUAUUUUGUCUGGAGAAGAAAAACCAAAGUGGUUCACUACAUUACCAAAUGGAUAACAAAUAUUUGUAGGGCAUGCACACCCACGUCUCUCAGGGAUAGUGGUAGCAAAGCAGUACAAGUAAUUGUGGAACCUUCUCUUGGAAUGCUUAAAAUCAUGCAAUGGACAUGGUUAAUAUAACUGCAUGUUUAUCAGCAAGCUACUCCAUAGUAUAGCACAGGCAUAGGCAAACUCGGCCCUCCAGCUGUUUUGGAACUACAACUCCCAUCAUCCCUAGCUAACAGGACCAGUGGUCAGGGAUGAUGGGAGUUGUAGUCCCAAAACAUCUGGAGGGCCAAGUUUAACUAUGCCUGGUAUAGCACAAUGAUACUUAAAAGUCUGCUUUGGUAUCUUAAAACUUAGUGUAAUACAGCGGUACCUCUGGAUGUGAACGCGAUCCGUUCCGGAGCCCCAUUCGCAUCCAGAAGCGAACGCAACCCGCAUCCGCAUGUGUCGCGAUUCGCCGCUUCCACGCAUGCGCGUGACAUCAUUUUGACCGUCUGCGCAUGCGCGAGCAGCAAAACCCGGAAGUAACGUGCUCCGUUACUUUCGGGUCGCCGCAGUGCACAACCCGAAAAUACUUACCCUGAAGCUACUUCAACCCGAGGUAUGACUGUAUAUAUUGCAAUUUAAUAUUUUCUUCUAAAAAGCAUUUACCUUAACAUAUAUGACUACAGUCUUGCAUGCUAUCCUUAUAAUGGUCCAAGCAACGACGCUCAAUGUAGCCUUCAACUCGCACAACAAGUCACUUCUUACUAUCAUGAUGUCUAACAAUGUAAGUGUUUUAUAGAUAUAUUUGCCUCACUGGCUUUGGCAACUAUGAUGUGUGACAGUACUUCUGUUAAAUGAUUUAUAUGUUCUCAGUCAACAUAUUUUGUAGAAAAUGUUUUUUUUUAAAAAAAAUUAGAAGUAUAAGAGUGUUACUUUCUUUAAAUCGCAGUUUGUUGAAAUUAAAGGAAGCGUUUUCAAGAAGUUUGAAAAGAAUAAUCUGUUUCAGAUGUCAAACAGUGGUAUGUACAUAUAUGUGAGCUGCUAAUUCAGGAGUAUGUGCUUCUAAUACGUUAUAUAUCAUGUAGCAUGUGUGAAAUCAGUGGUGGUGGUAUUUCAUAAAAUCCUGCGUGAUCAUAAUUUGUGGUGUUCCUCUUCAAGUAUGGCAAGGGGCUUGUUCACCACCCCGAUCCGGGUUGGGAUAUGUUUUACUCUUGAACAGCAGUACUGAAAAUAAAACCAUGGGUGAGUUAUGAAGUGGUGUACAAUUUUAAUCCUGUUUUGAGGUUUCACUAUUUUUAAUCAGGCUAAUAAAGAUAAGUUGGAACCAGACUAAGUUGUAAUCAAGUCCCACAGAGCAGAAUAAUGAAGUUAGUCGUGUUGACUAUUGUUUCAUACUGACUUUCAUGAAACCCACUCAUGAGUAACGUUCUUUGGCUCCCACCCUAAUGAAGUAGCAGUUCUUUUAUAGAUAUGUAUUUAUUUUGGUCUGGUUCACAUAUAAAAUUAAGCCAAACUGUAGCCUAAUGCAAAUGUAUGAGCUCCUGGUGAAGAAGCUGUGUCUGCUCCUGCGCUGACCUAAGCCAUGUCAUCCCAACCAGACUCGUGCUUUAACUCUGUGCAGACAAGUCAUACAUUGUGACCAAGGUUUGUCCACCUUACUUGGUUUUGAGAUGAAAUCCAGUCUUCAGUCCAUGUACCCCACUGCUGUCUUCUAAUUCUGUGCAGUGUAGGCGCAUCACUUGCAUGAAUUCAAUUAAACUCACUUGGCUCUGGCAGCCGCCUUCCUUUGCAUUGGGGAGAGAGAAAGGAAGGGAAGGCAGUUAAGAGACACCCCCCUUUGCUAGCAGUCAGGUAAACUUUGACUAUAUUCAGUGUUGCUUAUAUGCUUUGCCCCCAGGUGUGGUGCAGCUAUACUAUAUUCAGAUUUUAUUAUGUGUUAAAUUCAUAACACUGUUAAAAAUACCAAAAAUCUUUUGUCACUCUCUACAUGUUUCAAGGGAUGUGGGUGGUGCUGUGGGUUAAACCACAGAGCCCAAGACUUGCAGAUCAGAAGGUCAGCGGUUUGAAUCCCCACGACGGGGUGAGCUCCCGUUGCUCAGUCCCUGCUCCUGCCAACCUAGCAGUUCGAAAGCACAUCAAAGCAAGUAGAUAAAUAGGUACCGCUCCAGCAGGAAGGUAAACGGCGUUUCUGUGAGCUGCUCUGGUUCGCCAGAACUGGCUUAGUCAUUCUGUACGCCGGCUCCCUCGGCCAAUAAAGUGAGAUGAGCGCCGCAACCCCGGAGUCCUUCACGACUGGACCUAAUGAUCUGGGGUCCCUUUACCUUUACCUUUUACAUGUUUCAAACACUUAAACUUGAGUUCAUUCCGGCCUCCUUAAACUAGAGGCCUGUGCGGAAGACCCAUUGAAUGCUGUGGGACUCACUUUCUGAGUAAAUAUGCAUAGGAUUGCACCGUGUGAUUAGCCAUGAUUUUUCAUUUUUUUUCAGAUGUUACAUAUAGCAGUAAUUAUUAAAUCAAGCCAACUUAUGAUCCAGUAUUGUAGAGCAUCACUUUUGCCGUUCCCUGAGGAAGAAUACAGUUGUAUAUUAUUCCAGAUGUGCAUAGAACAAAUGAACAAUAAAGGCAACUUAUUUUCCACGUUCGGAUUGUUAGGUUGGAUUUGAUGAAUCCAUACAUCGGUCGCGAACUUAUUCCGUGCUCUUGCACAGAGUGCAGCUUUUUAUAAGUAAUAUUAAUCCACUGCUAAAUUUAGCCUCUGUAUAAGAACUCUUCUGUAGAAUGGUGAUGCAAAUUGCUAUUUUUGUAGCCUUAAAAGUUUAUUAUUCUUUUUAGAUAUAAAGGAGAGAUUCACCAACUAUGUGCUGUUACUGAUAGUUUGUCUAAGAAACAUGGAACAGUUUUCAUGGAAUCCAGGUAAAGUCUAUUUCCAGACAAGAAAUAUAGAAUAAAAAUUUGGAGACAUUUUAGUUGUAUUGACUGCCAGCAGCAUAAACAUAAUUUGGCUGUACCUAUUUUAAUGCAAAAGUGGUUGACUUGAUUAAUUCUUCAGUAUGUUAUCUGUGUAUUGUCACUGGAUCUUAUUAUCAUGUGUGUACGCUGUAUUAAUGAUUUAUCCAAGUGCUUUAAUUCAGGUUAAAACAUAAUGCAUAAUGCUCUUGGUAACAGAGCAGGAGAGGAACAAAGUGUUGCAAUUUCCUCUCUGUGCGUGAGCACACUUGUUCUUUCACAGUGAGCCAUGAACACUAUAGUGUUACGUGCUAAUGAGACUAUAGAGGGUUUUCUGUGGGCUGAAGUUUUCUAAUUUUUCAACAAAAUAGUGUUAUCUUCCUGCCUCAUUCACACCAAAAGUUAGCACUCCAGAGCUCAUUCUUUUGUAUAUACCCUGUCAUGCCUAAGAAGGAGUGGCAUUUGCUGGAUGUCUGCAGGGACCUUAUAUUCUAUAAAUAAUAAUAAUUAAUAAUAAAUUUUUAUUUGUACCCCGCCCUCCCUGGCCGGAGCCAGGCUCAGAGCUAACAUCAUAUAAAUAAUACAAUAUGCAUAAAAACAAGCAAUCAAUGGAUUAAAAUGCAUCCAAAAAUUAAUUCAAAUAAAUUAAAAUUAAAGUUAAAACUGGACAGAUGACAAUUCUCAGGUUAAAACUGAAAGCGGUUGAUACUCACCAGGUCUUUCAGAAAGAAAGAAAAAUGUUUCUACUGCUACUCUCUGGGUGGCUGUUAAUAUAGGCCUAACUCAUUCCUCCACCAGCUUCUCCUGCUUGAUAUCUGGCACAUUCUGUUAGAAGGAUGUCUGCAGGUAUUUUUUUAAGAGAGCCUCACUGAAAAGAUUUGCAGAGCAAAAGCACAUGUCUUAAUUCACAAUGCAUCAUUGAUUCCUUUCUCUUCCUGUGGCUGCCUUUGAUCACAAAGCCCUUCCAGAGAGCACAGGAAGCUUAGGCCCUGUUAUUUUGGCACAGGAGUAUUCAUGCUUUCACUAAGAUACACUGCUUUUGGCUAUCCCCAUGUUCAUUUGGAAAACUCAGCAGUGGCCAGAGGAUUGGAGAAGAUCAGUCUACAUCCCAAUCCCAAAGAAGGGCAGUGCCAAAGAAUGCUCCAACUACCGCACAAUUUCACUCAUUUCACACGCUAGCAAGGUUAUGCUUAAAAUUCUACAAGGAAGGCUCAAGCAGUAUGUGGACCGAGAACUCCCAGAAGUGCAAGCUGGAUUUAGAAGAGGCAGAGGAACCAGAGACCAAAUUGCAAACAUGCGCUGGAUUAUGGAGAAAGCUAGAGAGUGCCAGAAAGACAUCUACUUCUGCUUCAUUGACUAUGCAAAAGCCUUUGACUGUGUCGACCACAGCAAACUAUGGCAAGUUCUUAAAGAAAUGGGAGUGCCUGAUCACCUCAUCUGUCUCCUGAGAAAUCUCUAUGUGGGACAAGAAGCUUCAGUUAGAACUGGAUAUGGAACAACUGAUUGGUUCAAAAUUGGGAAAGGAGUACGGCAAGGCUGUAUAUUGUCUCCCUGGUUAUUUAACUUAUAUGCAGAAUUCAUCAUGCGAAAGGCUGGGCUGGAUGAAUUCGAAGCCGGAAUUAAGAUUGCCGGAAGAAAUAUCAACAACCUCAGAUAUGCAGAUGACACAACCUUGAUGGCAGAAAGUGAGGAGGAAUUAAAGAACCUUUUAUUGAGGGUGAAAGGGGAGAGCACAAAAUAUGGUCUGAAGCUCAACAUAAAAAAAACGAAGAUCAUGGCCACUGGUCCCAUCACCUCCUGGCAAAUAGAAGGGGAAGAAAUGGAGGCAGUAAGAGAUUUUACUUUCUUGGGCUCCAUGAUCACUGCAGAUGGUGACAGCAGUCACGAAAUUAAAAGACGCCUGCUUCUUGGGAGAAAAGCAAUGACAAACCUAGACCGCAUCUUAAAAAGUAGAGACAUCACCUUGCCAACAAAGGUCCAUAUAGUAAAAGCCAUGGUUUUCCCAGUAGUGAUGUAUAGAAGUGAGAGCUGGACCAUAAAGAAGGCUGAUCGCCGAAGAAUUGAUGCUUUUGAAUUAUGGUGCUGGAGGAGUCUCUUGAGAGUCCCAUGGACUGCAAGAAGAUCAAACGUAUCCAUUCUUAAGGAAAUCAGCCCUGAGUGCUCACUGGAAGGACAGAUCGUGAAGCUGAGGCUCCAAUACUUUGGCCACCUCAUGAGAAGAGAAGACUCCCUGGAAAAGACUCUGAUGUUGGGAAAGAUGGAGGGCACAAGGAGAAGGGGGCGACAGAGGAUGAGAUGGUUGGAUGGUGUUCUUGAAGCUACCAGCAUGAGUUUGAUCAAACUGCGGGAGGCAGUGGAGGACAGAAAUGCCUGGCGUGCUCUGGUCCAUGGGGUCACGAAGAGUUGGACACGACUAAACGACCUAAACAACAACAACAUGUUCAUUAAAUUCUGCAGGAUCCUGUUGAGAGGAGAAGAAGAAACAUCUCACUUGGUGAACACCUGUUAUUCUCAUAGAUUCUAGCUAUCCAGAUCAUAAUUUAGGCUUUCUGUUACUAGGAAGUGGAACCUACCCCCAGUCAUGAAUGAGACUCUUAUCUAUGAGAAGAACAGAAAUUAAUCGCAUGAGAAUUUCUUAAUUUGUACACACAACACUUUCUUAAGAAGAGUUACAUUGGUGUGGAUUAUGGCCAAGUGUGUGAUAUUCUAGCUUGUGUGGUGCAGAAACCUCAGCAAUUAUUACCUUGGCAUUUCCUGAGGUUUCUAACACGUAGACAUUUGCAGCUUCAGGUUCUGACUGUUGGGCCAAACAGUAUGUACUUACCUUUUUCUGCCAUUGGUUUUUUGUGACACAUUUGUACAUCUGACACUCACCCUGUCUUUACAGAUCAUCUCUGGGUAUUGUUUCCAGAUGUUUGUAUGGUGAUUGCAUCAGAAAUUGCAGUAGAUAUUGUAAAACAUGCUUUUAUAACAAAAUUCAAUGACAUCACAGCUGAUGUAAGUAUAUUGUUGAACCAUUGUACAUUUCAAUUUGAAAUUGGGUAUGAUGCGGUCUUAGCAUGGAUGCAGUAUCUGUAUGAAGAAGGCUCGUGUAGGGCUCAUUAAACACCUAUAUUCUAUUCAGGGUGGUAAAUCAAGAAUUGUGAGGAGGUGCAAAAAGGAGCCCUCCAUAUUGGUUAAGUAGGCAUUGAAAUGGCAAAUAUGCUUCACUUGUAAGCAACUGUAAAAUGAUGCAAAUUUCAUAGAUAUGCUACCAGUAUAAUAAUGUCAUUACGCUCAGUUACUUGGAGUGCUGCGUUGCUGCACCUCAAAAUGGGUGUUGAAGGCCUGUAAAAGGUGCUGAAAAGAGUAAAAGGGAGAAAAAUGAUCAUGAGAUUGGAGUGACUUCCCUAUGAAAAAGGGUUCCAAUGUCUGGAGCUUUUUAGUGCGGAAGGAAUGUGAGCUCAGUACAGAUCUGAUACACAAAACAAGUUCCUGGGCUUUAGAAUUCUUUAAUUCAAAGUGUAUAUCUUCUGCUCCUAGCUCUGCUUGGUUGAUCUUGGGGUUUUAGUAAAAAAGGAACAAACCCAAAAUUACAAGAUGAAAAUGUGUUGUCUGCUAACGCCACAAGCCUUGUCCAUCUCAUAUUAGCCAUUAAAAUUGUGUUUUAGUUUCAAGGACAUGAUAAAGAAUAAGAAUAGAGGCAAAUAUUUUCCCUUCAUUGCAUUCGUGUGCACAUAUGUUCAUUUAAGAAGCGAGGUCAGAUAUAGACAGGGUGGCUGGAUUUGCAAAGUAGCAGCAGUAUAGUGUGGAAGCACAUUUAAUAAAUGCACUUAAUAAGUUAUAUUGUGCCAAAGGCAGUUAUACAUGGCCUACUUUUGUAUAAUGAGUGCAGAAAUAAUGCAGUGAAAAAUGGAAAUGAUAGCUCUAGCCUACUAGAUUUAUUAUGGUACCCAGACCUGUGAGGUUUCUUAUUAACACAUAGAUUUUAUAAAUAAAUAAUACUGAUACUACGUAGUACCUGAUUUCACACACACCCCAUUUGAAGCGAAUGGCCGUUGCAGAUGCUGAAUCAGAAUUAGGCUUAGUAGCCUGAAAGUAGACACAUACCUUUUUUUAAAAAAGCUUUUUCAGCUAGUGUCCACGUAGAUGUUCAGCUUUCCACCCACUUGUUGAGUUUUAAUGUUCUUUGGAAUAAUAUCAAAAAACAAGAGUUGCACCUUACUCCAGCUAUAUCUGCUUGGAGGUAAGAUUGACUUAUAAACAAGCAAGCCUAUAAAUACUAGUUUUUAUGAGAGAAACAUGCUUAAGUGAUUGCAGCAAAGAAGGUCAGUGAUGUAUAAUGGUUUAUAGACUCAAUGUUUUCUCUAUUCAUACUGAGCUUUUCUGGAACAAAGCACUUAACUAUCAUCCAUAUCUACAGCACACUGUUGGAUAUGGGCUCUUAAAUGCUUAUGGAGCUCUUGCAUGGAUAAACUUUAAUAGAUGUUUCAUCUUAGUACCUGCAUCUUUUUCUCUGCUUGAUACUGCAUAUGGGUUGAGCAGAACCCUGUGUACAUAAGAAUAUCCACACGGCACUGGACUGAUCCAACAGAAUCUGCUUUUUCCUAUCCCAUAUCAUAGGAAUCCAGUUGUUAAGCUUACUCUUCAAUGAUAAUUGAGUAUCUGAGAAACAGUACGGCAAUGCUAAGUGUGCUAAUCCUAAAUUUAUUUUUAAUAAUUACAGUACUCAUUUUAUUGCUGGUAUUUACUUUGAUCAGAAUGAAAGGACUUGUGUUGCUCUGUUUUCAGGUCUACAGUGAAUACAGAGCCAGUCUUGCAUUUGACCUUGUUAGCAGUCGACAGAAAAAUGUAAGUAGCAGAGUGAAAAAUGCCUGUUCCUUACACUAAAGGACGUGCCUGGUUUUAUUCCAGAAAAUGGAAUCCAUCAGUUAAUCAGAAAUUGUGUUGGUCUCCCAAGUGUUAGAAAAAGCUUACUUCACUCUUUGCACAGGGAAUUAAAAUGAUGUGUACAAGUUUAAUGUGAUUCACUUGACAUUUAGUUUUAUAUUAGUCUGUUUUCUUUUUUGCCAUUCUAUUUUAAAAUAUUGUUAUUCACAAUCUUCAGCAUUCAAACUAAAUAGGAUGCUAGUACCUAACUAUGCUGUGUUCCUGUCUCUAUGUGAAGCUGAGCAAACUUCACAAACACAUCAGCAGAGCAUGUUCUCAUGUUCAGAUGUAGCAGUGUCGUUUGUUCAGCUCAAUGGCAAGUGAGAAGCGGGAGAGGCUGGAUGAGAACAUGAAUGUGAGUCAGGGCUGGCGAUCAAAGGGAUGUGUAUAGUUCACUGAAGAAUGGAGCAACUAUGUGAGAGGUGAGGUAAAGGUAGAGGGACCCCUGACCAUUAGGUCUAGUCGUGGCCGACUCUGGGGUUGCGGCGCUCAUCUCGCUUUAUUGGCCGAGGGAGCUUAUGUACAGCUUCCGGGUCAUGUGGCCAGCAUGACUAAGCUGUUUCUGGCGAACCAGAGCAGCGCACGGAAACCCCGUUUACCUUCCCGCUGGAGCGGUACCUAUUUAUCUACUUGCACUUUGAUGUGCUUUCGAACUGCUAGGUUGGCAGGAGCUGGGACCGAGCAACGGGAGCUCACCCUGUCGCAAGGAUUAGAACCGCCGACCUUCUGAUCGGCAAGCCCUAGGCUCUGUAGUUUAACCCACAGCGCCACCCGCGUCCCGCAUGUGAGAGGUGAAGUCAGUGAUAAUUGAAAACAGAAAGUGCAGUGUCGAAGAAGCAAGCAGAAAAAGCCUGGCGAAUGACUGAAUGGUUUGGACGCUGCAGAAGCAGCAGAAACUGGAUGUGGGGAGGUUGAGUUGUGUGCACUGUUGAAUGUAAUGAUCAAACAGUAAGAAUUUCACAGAAGAGAGAGCAGAAACAAAGCAGUUGUUGGUGAAGAAAGGAUCAAGAGGAGGUAAGGAAGAGAGGACGGAGGGCAAGUCAGCAUAAAAGUUGAAAUUGCUAAGGACCAAGUUUGGAGUUUUGUCAGAGAGGAAGAAAGGCAAGCCCGGCCUCAGCCUGUAAUGAAGAUUGAGUCAUGGAAUAGGGUGCUAAAGAAGUGUAAUGCAGAGAUGCAAAGGGAGCAGAAUUCAACACAAUUAAUUUCAAAGGUAGAGAAAAAGUGGAGUAGGGAAGUGGGCAAUGGGUGGGACUGACAAAAUCUGGAAGGAGGGUAGUCAUCUGGCCCCCACAACCUUCUGGACACGAUUUGUGGGAGAAUGAGAUACCUGUGAGGGAAAGAGCAGCAACGGUCACAUUGUUCGAGUGUUGAAGCUGGGUUUCAGUGUUGGUAUGUAGAUGGUAGAGCUGAGAUGGGGACUGGGGAAGAGAUAAAUAGAUGAGGUAGCUGCCCUAAUUUUAAAGGCAGUAUCUGUAACUGCAUGGUGAUGGCUGUCACAUUUCAUAUUUUCCUUAAUGUUUAUGACAUUCAAGUCCUUCCUUUAGAUAACGCAGCCGUAGUAUGCCAUUAAAUGUCUUUGUAAUCUGCUGAUACAAUGUGUGAUGGCUUGAUCCUUCUUUAUAGGUCAGUGAAUUUAAAUUGCAUUAAUUUUAAUUGGAUUCACACACACAAAUAUAUUUGCCAUUUUAUGAGGCAAGUUUCAACAGUUUAAAUGUGAUUUUGUUCUUUUUCAAAUGGAUGCUUCAGGGAAGGUUGAUGCCAUCAAAAACGUGUAGCCAGUCCCAGUGGAACUAGCUCUGUUAUUUUUGUUUUCUACCCUUAAUUUAAAAACUCAGGUUCAAUUCUUUUCUCCUAGGCAUACACAGAUUACAGUGACUCCGUUUCCAGGAGAAUGGGGUUUAUUCCUCUCCCAUUGGCUGUUCUAGUAAGUCAUGUCUUCGUUGUCAUUUUGCAAACUCCCUUGGUAAGUGGUGAAAAUUUUACCAAGGGAUGAAAUAUAUUCCAAAACCCUUGAAUUGCUAUUUUUGAAGAGGGGUAUUAUGUGAUGUAGCCCCAGAACAUAGUUUCCUCAAGUACUGUGAGGUUAAAGCUUGGCUGAAAAUGGUAUAUAUUCUUAUGUAGCUAGCUUUUAAAAUUAAAAAGUCUCUUUAGACUUUACUGUGAGAGCUUGGGUUUUGGUGAUACAGACUUCCAAGUUAAAAACGUAGUAAACGAAACCUAAAAUGAUCCUGCAAAAAUGUCCGAAAGGGGAAAAAAUAUUCUCUAUAAAAAGCAACUAGCAGAAAGCCCCAGCAGCAGAGAGAGAGCAAAAUUAACAAAUGCCUGGGAGAAGAAACGGCUUGUAGCCUUGCACUGGAAAGAAGAUGAUGUUGGUGGCAGGCAAACUUUCUUGAGGAGAAUACUCCACAAAUGGAGGUCCGCUUGUUACCAGCCUCCACAUCUUUGCUGAAGGGGACACUUAGAGGAAGGCCUUUAAUAACAAGGAGUCUACUGCUGGAAAAGUGUUCUAUAAGGUAUUGGAGUCCCAAGCCAUGUAAGGCUUCAUAGGUCUAAACCAGCACUUAAAAUUUGCUCCAGAAAUUUAUUGGAAGCCAGUACAUAUGUUCAAUAACUAAGUUAUGCACCACCUGUAGUUUCCAGCCAAUCUUCAAAGGCAGCCUCAGGUGCCACACAUUGUAGCAAUCUAACCUUGACGUUACCAGAGCAGAGACUAGAUCAGGCAUAGGCAAACUCGGCCCUCCAGAUGUUUUGGCCUGCAACUCCCAUCAUCCCUAGCUAACAGGACCAGUGGUCAGGGAUGAUGGGAGUUGUAGUCUCAGAACAUCUGGAGGGCCGGGUUUGCCUAUGCCUGGACUAGAUGCUAGAUUAUCCACACCUACAUUGCUGGACCACCAGCCAAAGCUGGUAGAAGGCACUCUGAGCUGCUUGGACAGUAUUGGUUCCAGAAGUAUCCCUCAAGCUACAAACCUGGUCCUUCAAGGGAAGCAUAAUCCCAUUCCAGAUUGGUUUAUCAUUAUCACUUACCGUAUUUUUCGCUCUAUAAGACGCACCAGACCACAAGACGCACCUAGUUGUUGGAGGAGGAAAACAAGAAAAAAGAUAUUCUGAAUCUCAGAAGCCAGAACAGCAAGAGGGAUCGCUACGCAGUGAAAGCAGCAAUCCCUCUUGCUGUUCUGGCUUCUGGGAUUCGCUCCAUAAGACGCACACACUUUCCCCUUACUUUUUAGGAGGGAAAAAGUGAGUCUUAUAGAGCAAAAAAUACGGUACAUACUUACAUUGUCAGAGGAACCACUCACCAACAAUAUAUUUGUCUUGUCUGGACUGAGCUUCAAAUUACUGACCCUCGUCCAGUCCAUUACCUUUGUCAGUACUGGUUCACCACAUCAGCCACCACAACUGCUUGUGAUGAAAGGAAUAAAUAGAGCUGUGUGGUCAACAUAUUGAUGACAAUACCUUCCUGCAGAGCCCCACCUUGACAACCUUAGGGGUCUGAGCAGCACUCCCCUUUCACCUGUUGGAAUUGGCUAAGUAGAACUAGAACCACUACAAAGCAGUACUUCCACCACUACCUUGGACAGCUGAAUGAAAAGACAAUAUGAAAGGGGAGGAGAGAUCCCACAGCCAGCUUUGAAGAGUAGUUAAGAUAAUGUCACGCUACUGAAAUUAUUACUCUGUGUGUUUCAAAAGACGCAAGGUUUCUUAAAAAGGAUGAUGUGUAGAAAGAUAGAAAAUAUCUGAAAUUCUGUUACAUAAUUAUUAGAACUAUUUUCAUUUUUUAAUGCCCAGAUUUGUUAUCGUUCUUUUAUUUUAAAAAUGCUUAACUGUGUUAACUCAUUUCUUCCUCUAGCUCAUCAGAGUUGUUACAAGUUCAGUAAAAGUUCAAGGAGUCUUGGCUUAUGCUUGUGUUGUUCUCUUCUACUGUGGGUAAGUACAGAUCAAACAAUUUGUAAAAAUGUUUCAUUUAGGAAACUUUAAUUGGAAGAAUUGAUGUAAGCAGUGUACAGUAGCACCCUGGCUUACGUUACCCUCGGGUAACAUAAACUUUGGGUUGAGAAAGCGGCAAACCCGGAAGUGUUUUGCUUAAUGCGCAGAAGCACACUACCUCAUUGUGCGCAUGCGCAGAAGCAGUCCCUCUGGUUGCAGAAACCUCGGAGCUCCGGAACGGAUCCUGUCCGCAACCGGAGGUAGCACUGUAGUUGGAUAAAGUCACUUUUCAUAGAAUCAUAGAGUUGGAAGAGACCACAAGGGCCAUCGAGUCCAACCCCCUGCCAAGCAGGAAACAUCAUCAGAGCACUCCUGACAUAUGGUUGUCAAGCCUCUGCUUAAAGACCUCCAAAGAAGGAGACUCCACCACACUCCUUGGCAGCAAAUUCCACUGUCGAACAGCUCUUACUGUCAGGAAGUUCUUCCUAAUGUUUAGGUGGAAUCUUCUUUCUUGUAGUUUGGAUCCAUUGCUCCGUGUCCGCUUCUCUGGAGCAGCAGAAAACAACCUUUCUCCCUCCUCUAUGUGACAUCCUUUUAUAUAUUUGAACAUGGCUAUCAUAUCACCCCUUAACCUCCUCUUCUCCAGGCUAAACAUGCCCAGCUCUCUUAGCCGUUCCUCAUAAGGCAUCGUUUCCAGGCCUUUGACCAUUUUGGUUGCCCUCCUCUGGACACGUUCCAGUUUGUCAGUGUCCUUCUUGAACUGUGGUCCCCAGAACUGGACACAGUACUCCAGGUGAGGUCUGACCAGAGCAGAAUACAGUGGCACUAUUACUUCCCUUGAUCUAGAUGCUAUACUCCUAUUGAUGCAGCCCAGAAUUGCAUUGGCUUUUUUAGCUGCUGCGUCACACUGUUGGCUCAUGUCAAGUUUGUGGUCAACCAAGACUCCUAGAUCCUUUUCACAUGUACUGCUCUCAAGCCAGGUGUCCCCCAUCUUGUAUUUGUGCCUCUCAUUUUUUUUGCCCAAGUGCAAUACUUUACAUUUCUCCUUGUUAAAAUUCAUCUUGUUUGUUUUGGCCCAGUUCUCUAAUCUGUCAAGGUCGUUUUGAAGUGUGAUCCUGUCCUCUGGGGUUUUAGCCACCCUCCCAAUUUGGUGUCAUCUGCAAAUUUGAUCAGGAUGCCCUUGAGUCCAUCAUCCAAGUCGUUGAUAAAGAUGUUGAAUAAGACCGGGCCCAAGACAGAACCCUGUGGCACCCCACUAGUCACUCUUCUCCAGGAUGAAGAGGAACCAUUGAUGAGCACCCUUUGGGUUCGGUCAGUCAGCCAGUUACAAAUCCACUGAGUGGUAGCAUAGUCAAGACCACAUUUUACCAGCUUCUUUACAAGAAUAUCAUGGGGCACCUUGUCAAAUGCCUUGCUGAAAUCAAGGUAGGCUACAUCCACUGUGUUCCCUUCAUCUACCAGGCUUGUAAUUCUGUCAAAAACGAGAUCAGGUUAGUCUGACAUGACUUAUUUUUCAGAAAUCCAUGCUGACUAUUGGUGAUCACAGCAUUCCUUUCUAGGUGCUCACAGACUGUUUGCUUAAUGAUCUGCUCCAGAAUCUUCCCUGGUAUUGAUGUCAGACUGACUGGGCGGUAAUUAUUUGGGUCCUCUCUUUCCCCUUUUUGAAAAUAGGGACAACAUUUGCCCUCCUCCAGUCUGCCGGGACUUCGCCUGUUCUCCAGGAAUUCUCAAAGAUGACUGCCAGUGGUUCUGAGAUCACAUCUGCCAGUUCUUUUAAUACUCUUGGAUGCAGUUCAUCUGGCCCUGGAGACUUGAAUACAUCUAAACUAGCCAAGUAUUCUUGUACUAUCUCCUUAGUUAUUCUGGGCUGUGUUUCCUCUGCUGAAUCAUUUGCUCCAAAUUCUUCAGGUCGGGCAUUGUUUUCUUUAUCGGAGAAGACUGAGGCAAAGAAGGCAUUGAGGAGUUCAGCUCUUUCUGUGUCCCCUGUUUGCAUUUCACCAUCUUCUCCUCUGAGUGACCCCACUGUUUCUUUGUUCUUCCUUUUGCUAUGGACAUACCCAUAAAAGCCUUUUUUGUUGCUUUUAACCUCUCUAGCAAGCCUGAGUUCAUUCUGUGCUUUAGCUUUUCUGAUUUUGUGUCUAUACGUGCUGCCUAUUUGUUUGAAUUCCUCUUUGGUGGUUUCCCCCCUUUUCCAUUUUUUGUACACAUCCUUUUUUAAUCUUAACUCAGUUAAAAGUUCUUUAGAUAGCCACCCUGGCUUCUUUAGGCACCUUCCAUGUUUCCGUCUCAUUGGUAUUGCCUGAAGUUGUGCUUUUACUAUCUCCUCUUAACAAACUCCCAGCCAUCAUGAACUCCCUUUCCUUUUAGUAUUACUGUCCAUGGGAUCUCACCCAGCACUUCCCUAAGUUUUAUGAAGUCAGCUUUCUUAAAGUCAAGAAAUUGAGUCCUAGUAUGCUUGGCUGCUCCUUUCCGCUGUAUAGUAAACUUCAGAAGAGCAUGAUCACUCGCGCCUAAUGAUCCUUCCACUUCUACCCCACUAACCAGGUCAUCAACAUUGGUUAGGACCAGAUCUAAAAUGGCUGUUCCUCUUGUUGCUUCUCCCACUUUCUGGACAAUGAAGUUGUCUGCAAGGCCAGUGAGGAAUCUGUUUGACCUUAUGCUCUUGGCUGAGUUUGACAUCCAACAAAUAUCCGGGUAAUUGAAGUCCCCAUUACCACUAUCUCCCUUCCUUUUGCAUGCUUGGCCAUCUGUUCCAGGAAGGCAUCAUCUAUGUCCUCCGUUUGGCUUGGGGAUCUAUAGUAAACUCCCACAAUGAGGUCACUGUUAUUCUUCUCUCCCUUAAUUUUGACCCAAAUGCUCUCACUUUGGCUUUGAGGUUCUAAAUCUUGGAUCUCUUCACAGGUAUACACAUCCCUGACAUAUAACGCCACUCCUCCUCCUUUCUUGUCUGGUCUGUUUCUCUGAAAUAGAUUGUAUCCCCCAUUAUUACAUUCCAAUCGUGGGACUUAUCCCACCAGGUUUCAGUGAUGCCUAUUAUGUCAUAUUUAGUUUGCUGUACCAAGAGCUCAAGCUCAUCUUGUUUAUUUCCCAUGCUUUGCGCAUUAGUGUACAGACAUUGAAGUCCAUUAAUCAUUCCCCGUGACUCUUAUUUAAGGAUUUUUCCUCCCACCACUAGGUCUGUGUGCUGUUUGCUCCAUUUGGUCUAUGACAUUUGGAGGAUCAUCUUCAUCAAUUGAUAGACUCCUACCUUCAGGAGCACUGUCUCCCUCCCCACAUUAGUCAGUUUAAAGCCCCCUGAUGAGGUUUCUGAGAUUUUUGGCAAAAACAUUCCUCCCAACCGUUGUGAGGUGCAGCCCAUCGCUUGCCAGAAGUCCAUCUUCAAGAAACUGCAGUCCGUGAUCUAAGAAUCCAAACCGUUCCUGUUUACACCAUUUGCGAAGCCAGCUGUUCACUUCCACUAUUUUCCCUCUCUCCCUGGGCCACGCCGUUCAACUGCAAGGACAGAUGAGAUGACAAUUUGUGCAUUUAAUUGCUUCAAUUUCCUGCCCAGAGCCUCGUAGUCUCUUUUGAUCUUCUGGAGGCUAUUGCUUGCAGUGUCAUUGGUUCCCACAUGAACCAAGAGGAAGGGGUAUUUGUCAGUGGGUUUUAUGAUUCCUUGCAGUUGUUCCGUUACAUCUUGGAUCUUAGCCCCGGGGAGACAGCACACUUCUUGUCAGGCCCACAGAUCACUGCUUCUGUUCCCCUCAGUAGGGAAUCCCCUAUCACCACUACACGCCUCCUCUUAGGUUUGGUCGGGGUUCUUCCGUGAGCUAUCCGCUCCAAGGUCGCCUGCACAUUCCCUGAGGACUGACUUUGCUGCUCGUCUUCAUAUACCUGAUCGACUGUAAUGAGGGAGAGAUCCUCAAAUGGAGUCUGCUCUUCGUCUUCCAUGCUAGGGAGAGGACCUCAAAGCGAUUGUGUAUUUCUAAACAAUCAGAGCGAACCCUGGGCCUCCUACUUCUUUGAGUCACGUUUCUCCAUAUAUCUGGCUCCUGUGUUGGUGAACUAGCGUCCUUCUCUGGGGAGUCCCCUGUCUCCUCCUUGGUGGAGACGGUGUGCUCUGUUGCUUCCAAGAAGAGCUCCAGCUCUCUAAUUCUUUGGAGCGUAGCUACACAUUCCUCCAGUUGCUGGACUUUGUCUUUUAAGAGGGCAAUCAACAUGCAAUUGCUGCAGGUAAAGCUGCCUGCAACCUUUGGCAAGAUGGCAAACAUUGCGCAGGAACCGCAGGCGACUGCAGCUGUUCCCUCCCUCCAUCUUGAGAACGUGUCGUUGGGGGUGGCUACAGCGGUCCUCCAUCAUAAAAAGCGUGAAGACAGGAAAAUAACUCCCCCACAAAAAAACCUAGGUCACCCCCAAAAACGUUUUGAGACUAGCUCCCAUAAAUAUAAAAGUUGUAUUAAACUGCACGCGCCGCUUGGCGCGCGCCGCUGCCCUGCAAGCUCUGAUAAGCUCCUCCCACAGCUAAUCACCUGCCUCAACAGAAACCCUGCCCCCUCUGACCUUUGCACAGGGAAAGCAGCCAAUCAGCCACAAAGAAACACACACACAAGAAAACCCUUUUUGCUCCUUCUUCAGCUGCUGCCCUGCAAACUUUUGACAGACAGAAGUGAGCCAUGAGAAAGUGUUCUUUAUGUAUUAGAUAAUAAUGUAAAGCACUUGAUUAUGUACUUGCACCUUCUUUAUAGCAACCCAUACUACACACACCUAUGGAUCUGAAUGACAAUUUAUGUGGUCCAGGGACCCAAAUUGUCAAAAUGCUUCUGCUCUUGACUCAUUUUGGUUUUCUUCCUUGGCAUCUUUUUGGCAGUGGUGGGGGGUCAUGACAAAUGCAGGCAACUGGAUGGCUUUGCCAUACUUCACAAGCAUAAAAUGCUUUUAUAUAUAAUAAUGUGCAGCCCCCGUUGCAGGAUUUGUAGUUCUACAUCAGAAUCCUGUAUUUGCAUGAAGUCAGGUUGGGGUAGGGGAGCAAAACGAAAGCAGGUUGCACAACAGCUGUGGCCGUGGCAUGGGAGUGAGAAGGUGGAAACACUCAGAGGGGGAAAAUGGUGGCUUAAAAUAAUGGCAGAAAUUUGAAUCAGGCAGGGAUGGAGGAGACUAAGAGGGAAGAAGUGGCGAUUCUGACAUAUCCACUUCCUGUUUUUGGAAUCACUUCAUACAUACUUGUUGCUUGCAGGUUGAUAUCACUCAAAGUACUUAAUAGCAUUGUGCUCUUGGGAAAGUCAUGCCAGUACGUCAAAGAAGCAAACAUGGAAGAGAAGUUGUUCAACCCUCCUCCUGCUAGCACCCCAGGCAAACCACUAGGCAAAUCACAAAGCAAGUACAAGCCCACUCAAGGUGAGCGGAACCUAUUACUUCUGGACUUCUGUCAUAUCUCUCGUCUACUGUGCAGCGUCGCUUUGUCCUUGGAAGCACCAACUAAAGUGUUAGGAAACCGCAGGGGUCCAUGUAACUCAAAGUAUUACUUCCAGUAUUGACCCAACAAAACACACCUUCGUGUUUUUGAUCACUUAAAAAUAUCUGGCACUUUGGGGGAAAUGCCAAAUAUUCACUGUUCUGAAUUAGAACAGACCUGAAUUUUUAAUUUCUCCAGGAAGAAUAAGAGGCCUUAUUGUGGGAUCAGGGCAAAGUUAAUGAAGCUGGCUGGUUUCAACCAUCCAUUGUUAAAAUUAACCACAGCUUGGGGUUCACAAUUAAGGCUGAAUUGAAAUCUAAAGCAAAACCUCUGAACUUCUUGCAGCCAUGCUUGCAGAGAGGAGAGGGGAAAGCGUAGUAUGUGAGCCCACAGGAAGUUAAGGUCUUUUCCAUUUCUAGAUUUUUUUUCAAAGCACAGCAUUUGGUUUUUGUUUUAUCCUAGUCUUACAAGGCGCUCCCAGCAUUUUUUCAGUUAAGCAGCUUACUAAGCCUACACUCCAUUAGUUUCAGUAAUGUUAAAACAUCAUGCACUCCUGGUCCAUUCCUCAUGCCCUACGAACAGUAAUAGCACCACAUUUGAGAACUGAGAAACUCAAGUCACAGUAUUGGGAUUAAAGUAUAUUAGUCCAGUCAGUUACUAACUUCUAACAGACCACUUCAUCUUAUCUGGGUUAUUUAUAAGCACUUUGAACAGGGCAAUUCCAAAAAUUAUAUUGAAUUUGAUCAUUUUAUUUCUUAAAAGAUUCACCUUUGUUUUCAUUGCUCCUAACAACAGGCUUAGGGAUUUGGGUGGCGUUGUGGUCUAAACCACUGAGCCUCUUGGACUUGCCGAUCAGAAGGUUGGCGGUUCAAAUCCCCGUGACGGAGUGAGCUCCCGUUGCUCGGUCCCAGCUCCUGCCAACCUAGCAGUUCGAAAGCACGCCAAAAAGUGCAAGUAGAUAAAUAGGUACCGCUCCAGCAAGAAGGUAAACGGCGUUUCUGUGCACUGCUCUGGUUUCACCAGAAGCGGCUUAGUCAUGCUGGCCACAUGACCUGGAAAAACUGUCAGCGGACAAACACCGGCUCCCUCGACCAGUAAAGCAAGAUGGGCGCUGCAACCCCAGAGUCGUCUGCGACUGGACUUAACUGUCAGGGGUCCUUUACCUUUACCUUCCUUUACAACAGACUUGGCUUCCAAGAAACUAAGCUUUUAAGAAAAUGCGAUAGAAUGGUUUUCGAGUUAUUACUUAUUUACUAUGUAGCCUGAUUAAUUCCAUAAAGUUUUAAAUUUCAGUAUCUGAUGUGGCAUGGUUGAGGCCACCCAACCCAGUGGCUGGGGUAUAAAUAAUAACAUUAUUAUUAUACGUCUGAUUUCAGCAGAGCAGGGCUGGGAAACCUCUUUUGGCCCAACAGCCAACCUUCCAAGGGUUGGGCAAGCUCAAAGGUGAAAGAGAAUUGGGCAAAAGAAAAUAAAGAACAUUCCACCCAGUGUAGCAAAUUAAAGUGAAAUAAAAACUGAUCUCUGGUAAAUCACUAUCUCCAUUUGUGCUUUUGAAGGACAGUAAAGUGUAGAGUUGGUGUAAAUCAUGUGUCAGCGAGCCAUUCAUCCUUCCCUGCUUUUGUUUAGCAUUUCUUUGUAAUCACUAGCAACUUCUGCCAUAACUGAGCUCCCUUACUUACUGGAGUUGUCAGAGAGGGCUGGUAUGGUUUUAUCUUUAACAACCUGAAGGUAUCAAAAAGGUUACUUUACAUUAGAAAUGCAAAAGUUAGAAGGUUACUGACAUGGCUUAAACAGGAGUAUGUAACACUACUGUCGACAAAAGAGAGAAAUUCUGUGGCAGGAUUUUAUGCACCUGAUACCCCAAGUUGCCUUGCAUAUCUGUUGAACAGAUCUUUAACUUGCUAACCCUGCAGUGCAGUGACAAGCCAAUAAACAUACAGAUCUAUAAUCAGUGUCUUCUCCCACUGUGCGAAAUCCUAAUUUCUAUUUUCCAUGCAUGAAUUUCCACAGAUGAAAACCUGUCUGCUUCCGUGACCAGUCAGCCUGUACACCAGAAGGAAAAUGCAGUGCCUCAGCUUGUGACGAGCAACUCGGAUCAGUUCCUGACAACUCCUGAUGGAGAUGAGAAAGAUAUAAGCCAGGACAGUUCCGAGUCAAAACACAGAUCUGCAAAGAAAGAUUUGUUGGAGAUAGACAGGUUUACAAUUUGUGGAAACAGAAUUGACUAAACUUUUGUAAAUAAAAUGUGCUUAGUAUACUGAGCUGUUGGGACAGCAGGCGCUGCCACGAUGGAUGGGUGCCAAACAAGGCACUUAAAAAUAUUUAUUUAAAAACUUAAAUUAUUAAUGGCAGACCUAUUACAGUGAAUAACUUGGCUUGAUAACCAAUCAAGCUUCACAUGGUUAACUUGGUUGUUUUGGAAAAUGUGAGUUUUGAGAGAUCUUCCGCUUGGCAAAGCUACGGCAUCGCUUUCCUGAAAAAUAACGUGUGAAAUAUAUUUAAAUCCAUUUUUACGAAACAGUGCUUCCAGAACGCAUCACUAUUCAUAAAGCCCCUUAAUUAGAAGGAUAACAUAAGGAACGUGUUUGCGUCUUUAACAACAAGCAUCCCUUUCUGCUUUCAUAAGCCACUACAAAACAUUUCAAAACUCUUCACCUGCCAAAAGACUUUUUCAAACUUUUAGUAGAAUACAUAAUCAAGAUAUUCUUGCUACGAGAGGAUUGUUCAAAAUGUAUUUCAUCUAAUCCAAAUAAAUCGCCCUUAAAGGAAAUAUUUACUGCAUACUAUUUUUGUCUAAAUGUUAAGACUGUAGCCAGAAAUUGACCGACAACAGGGAAUAGUGGAAUGUGCGAUAACUGGGCAAGAACAGCUUUUUCUUCCUUUCUGUUUAAUUUGCACUGUGUUUUAAACAUGAAAAGCUUGAGUCUGUAAAUGUUAAAAGUGUACAAGCUUGGGGGAGGAAGGGCAAAAUCAACAUGUGGGAUUGCACUUGGCACUUAAAGAUGUUUCACUUGCAACUGUGAGCCCUUGCAUUGAAAUAGACAAAAUAAGUUACUUGCACAUGGUAAUGUGUCAAUCAGCUAAGAGCAUUUCUUUGACUUUGCUGGAAAAGCUGCACAUGGCCAAAAAUGGAGACAGCCUCAAAUAGGUGGUUUUAGUUUUAGACUUUUAAGUAGAAGGAAUGUUGCUUUAGAAGUACUUGGGCUUUGAAGUAUGAAGCUGUUUUACUUGGGGUGCAUAGGGCUUGGGAAACAGGCAAAGAGCAAUUCAAGAAGGGUUGAAUCUGGAAUAACAGACAUUUCAGCUCAGCAUAGUGAGAAAGCCUGCUGCACUCAGAGUGCUUUCUUGCUACCUGAUGGACAAUGUCUACAAAACACAAUGCAAUAUUUAAAACUUUUUAAAUAUGAUAUUUUUUUUGUGCUGAUUAGAUCUUUGUUGGUUCAUUUAUUAGAUAUUGCAAAGUGGCCCAGAAAAGAAUGAUAAGUUAUACUAAAUUUUAAAAUUCAAAAUACAUGUUUAUUCCUCCAAAGCUGCAGAUACUGUUGCUAAAAUAAAAUCAGUGUACAGAAAUUAAAUCCAGAUAAAGAGGCUUCAAUGAAUGCUAAAAAGGUGGAAAUAUAUAGGCUGUUCUCAAGUAGCCAUUCACCAGCCCACACCCCUUUUAUCAAGCCUCUUUUCUCACUUCAGCUUGAAGAAGUGGCCAAAGUUAAGAAUCCAGUGGGAAUAGGAAUUUUAAAACUAAGCUAGAAAUAUACAGAAAUGAUUGUUUCAGAUGUGUUCAUUUUGACAAAUUUUGAUCAUUAAAAUUUAAUUCAGAAUAUUUGUGAAUUUGUUGUAAUUUAAUUUUUAUUUAAUUGUUGCUCAAGGGAAGCUUGGAAUGAUUUUUUUCCCUCUUAAAUGAUAUUCUGUAUGAAUUUUAUAAGUGCAUCUUGUGUGACAAUAAAAAAUCAAUUUUGUAUCCUUUGUUUAAAAAAAA